CUAAGAGCCAUAGAGACAGCAGCAGUUUCAGCACCACUACCUAUAGACAGCUCCUGUAUCCUAGAGGGGCUGGGAAUGGCCUGCCUGACUGCAGCCUUUACUGUGGGCAACAAUCUGGUGAGUGAAUUGUUUUAAUGUGUUAUAUUUGCAACAACCUAGAAUGUAUAGGAUCAGAAGUGAAGGUCAUUGGUUCCAUAAUAGUAUAUAUAUUUUUUUUUUAUUUUUUUUUUGGAGGGGGUACUAUUAUGUUAUUGUGAGAAAAUAGCAUUUAUAUGUGAGCUAUACAUUAAACUGUCAGCUCCUGGGACUAGGGGUUACGAGAAUAAAACAAGGUGUUGUGUUUGGCAUUCAGCUGACAGAUUAUAGAGCAGUUUAUUAUUAUGGCUGAUAGGAUCAGGAUGUAUAUAAGGAGAAGCAGUGUAUAUAUAUGGAUUUCUUAGAACUUAGCCCCAAAUUAAGGAUUCCCAUAAUAAGACAGGGCUGUUUGUCUCCCAUUCAGCUGCCAGACUACAGAGCAUUUUAUUAUUGAGGGGCUGCCGCAGAUCCAAUCAAAAUAGCUAUUUAUACAUAGAAAUCAGAAUUUAUUAAAUACGUGUAUAAACCGGUUUAUUAUUGCAUUGAAUAGAAGAAUACUUUGUUUCCUAUGUAAUUCUAGAACAGGUUAAUCAAACAGAUCGUGCAUUGAUUAGGUGUGGAUGCAGCUGUGUUCAUUUAUAUCCAUUGAGGCAGGACGAAGUUGCUGGGAUAUUUUCUAAGUGAAUCAUGAUGAUGUGCUGUGUUAUUAAAUAAUGUGCCUGUAAUUACAAAAUGCUAAUUGAUUGAUGAAGCUGUCUCUUCGAUGCAUUAACUCCUUCAGUGCCAUGCCAUGAAAAUGUUGUUCGUGAAAUCGAAUGAGGUCAUUUUGUUUAACCCCAUAAGUGCUAAAAAGGAAGUAAAUAAAUAAAAAACUCAUAGAAUUAUCACUCCUUUAACCUGUACAUCAUGCCCCUCCCCCCACCCCUGCUUCUAAACAUCAAUCCAAGUGUAACUCACAGCCAAUUAUUCUGUUUAAUACGACGUUCCAUUAUUUUGAUAAACAUUCCAUCCCAGCGUUCUAUUUGCUGGAUACAUACAGCUGUGCUUUGUCUCUUUGAAGUUUAUGAAGAAUUAGUAAGCAGUGUUGUUAUCUGAGCAUGGGAAGCUAGGAGGGGAUUGUCAUUGCCAUUCAGUGAUUUGGGAAUCCUGUCCUAUUUCCUCUGAACAUUCGACUUGUUUUGUUUUUGCACCUGCUUUUUUAGGGCAGGAGCUGGAUGUGACCGAUAGUUACCUCUCCCUGUUCUGUGAGCUCAGUGCAAGCAGAAUUACAGGAUCCUGGGAGCAUGCGCAGUAGCAGCUCACUGCAUCCUAAUAUCCUAUGCCUUGCUGGAUGCUUUAAUGCAAAAUAUGCAGCGCUGGCCAAAUCAAUAGCGAAUGAACUUGUCUUGCUUUCUCUCUCUCUUUUAAUCAAGUGCUAAAUUAAUAGUGUACACAAUUAAUUAGUGGCACACAGACAUAUAUGUGUGUGUUUAUAGAUAGUUUGAUAGAUAAAUAGAUCAAUAUAAUUGAGCAUUUUAUAUAUAUAUAUAAAGUUAAAUACGUGUUUAUAUAAAUGUAAAAUAAUAAAAUUAUAAUAAAUAAUUAGUUGUUAAAAUUUAUUUUUUGCACUAGUUUAAAAAAAUAAUUUUUAAAUUAAAAGUAUGAUUUUAGAAUGAUUGACUUGGUUUCAUAUCUGGAACAGGUGCUACAGUUAAAGGAAUUUGUAGCUGUAACUAAAGGGACAAGCGAGUGCUCGCCUCCAAUGUUUUUAAUGAUAAUCUGAACUAGCAGUGGGGGUGAGUACAUUGAACAACUGGCAAAGGCUGGCAGCUCAUUAUCAGGGUACUCGCUGAAGGAUUCUGCUGCUAUUACUCUUUGCACAGAAUGGCCAUAGUGUAUUUUCUUGGCAAGUAUUGCGCUGUAUAUUAAUAUUAGACUGGGAAAUGGCUUGCCUUUCAAAUGCAGUUCUGUUAAGUGCUUUGACUAAAUGAAAAUAUGGUUACACGUCUUGGAUAGCUCAGUGCAUUGAAAUUAGCAAUUUUCAAUAUCCUUUAAAGGUAACAUCAGCUGAUACCUGCUGGAAAUGUACAGAAUUCUAUUCACUGAACUGUGGAUAUCUAUACGACAAAAAAAUGUCAAAAUUUAGAGAAAAGGAAUAUUGGAAAAACUCUCCAACAAAGAGGAGCUUUGGAAUUCAUUCCGAGGUUCUCAUUUGUCCAAAGUUUUCAAAUGAGUUAAUGUUGCUUCGCAUCUCACUAUUUAGAGAAUAUACCCUACAGUAUAACAUACCCUAAGCAGUCACCCAUGAUACACAUUUUCAUUUUGCUUUCAUACCACUCUAAGCUUAUCUCUAAACAGGUGUAAACACCAGAUUUACUUUUCAUCUUGCAUUCAGUUGCAAAAAAGUAUUAAAACAAAAACACAACACAGGAUUAUUCACGAGCAUGAGAAUUCAAAGUGAAUUCAGGAAGUGUGUAGGGAGGCUGUGUGAGCUACAGCCAAUGGAGGUGUGGCUAGGGCUGCAUAAACAAACAGGUUUUUUUUAUUUUUAAUCAUCGGAAUCAUCGUAAAUAUCUUGCCUUUUGGUGAGUUCCUAACUUGGGCCAUUACAGAGAGAACCUAAAUCAUAUGCAUACUAGACUGAUCUUAAUGUGUAAGGUAGUACAGAUCCAAAAUGAUGGCCAGCUCCAUCUCCACAAGAGCUACGUAUCUUUUCAGCCUUGGUGGACCUUGUCCAUGAGGUAUGGACCAAAAAUCAAAAUUUUUGCCUUAUGAUUGAUCCCAGCUUAAUUCCCAAAUGGUCAACUGGAGUUGUUGUAUCUUCUAUGCAGAGGAAACAUGCUGGCAUUUUGCGAGAUCAGUGAGAUCAGUCUGAUAUGCAAAGGGUUCAGGUAACUUUAAUGGAGAAAGUGAUUUCCCCAUCACUCCCAUCCACACAUUACAUUGUAUUUAGAAAGUAACCUGCAUGAUAGCUACUGGAACAUUUAAAUCCUUUCUCACGACUUGGCAGCAAUAUCUGUUGGCACAUUUCAAAAGGCUUGGCAAUAUAAACCUUUUAUUGUAAGUUAUACUUGAAUUUUGAUCUAUCAUCUUUGUUUUUUUAUACUAAAAUAAUAUGAUCUGUUCCCCUUUUCUGUGCCUUGGGAAUGUAUUUAGUCUUUGUAAAAUAAGAAAGAAAGAUUUAAUGUUUUCAAAGUUGGCAGUAUCAAGUGGCACAGAUCAGAUACUGACCCUAGUGUGUUUGGGAGACUAAACACGCAAGGUUAAAAAGAGCUGUAGGUACAAAAGGCCAACUGUGUUUUUGCUUUUGUGUCUGCUAACAAGAAAACAUCGUAAUUAAAACAGCAACUUUAUAUAAUUAAACCCAUACUGUAUUGGUAAAUUAAGAAUAUCCAUAUUUUAAAUCAUGAGUUAAUGUUGCGAUUCUCAAUCUUAUAUACCCCAAAUUUCAUAUGGUAAAUCAAGUAGGUUUUAAACUUUAAAAGUCCAGUGAAUGUCUAUCUCUACAAUUUCAUAUAUAAGGAUUCUAAAAUGGGGUGUCUGGAUAAUUUGAUGAAAAUAGGGUUGUAUACAGCUGCUGAUGUAAAUGAACCAACACAGGCCAUGCUUGGGGGAAAAAAGUCUUUAUGGAGCAGACUGUGAGCCCCAAUGAUUUUUAACUUACUUAUGCAUGCAAGAUGCUCUUUCUCUGUACGCCAAUGCAAAGCGGCCAUCUUAACUGUUAUCUUAUAACUUGAUGACUCCUCCCAUUUGUGACAGAUGUUUGGAAUUUCUGAAAACAUUAACUGGGAGGAUUAUGGGUAAAGGAGAGUGGACUAAUUUGCUAUGCAAUUUGUACACUUUUCUGAAUUGUCCUUGUCAUUUUUUGCCAAAGAUGUCUAAAAACAACUGCAUUAGUUAAAAAAAAAAUCACAUUUGUGCGUGUAGAGUUUAAUAGAUGACUUUAAGAAAGCUUAAAAGUAUGCCCUAAUGUUAAUUUUAGAGUAUUUUACUUUAGAUCACUGGGUCCCACUAGUUAUCAAAAAAAAGCUAUAAAAAGCCGUUGAUUUACUUGUCAUCUAGCAUUGAUCCUUCCUGUAACUCGAUUAGCAACAUUGAUAAUGUGUGACCCAAUCCAAUGAUUCUUAUAGAAACCCACUGUGGACCUAUUUUACUCAUGCACAGUAAUCGCUGUGGUCCUCCAACUCAAUGCAUCCUUAUAUAAGCAUUAGUAUCAUUUACAAUCAUUGUGUUGUUAAUAAAAUAACACAGUGUAAUAUAAAAAGUACCAUAGUGUAAUUUGAAAACAGAAAAAUAUGAAUUUAGAGUAAAAUGGAACACUCACAAUUUACAGAGCAAUUUUAAAGCUCUGAAAAACAAUAAAACAAGCACGUUUCAACCUGAUAGGUCUUCCUCAGGUGAAUUCUAAAACAAAACUGACGACAUAGGCUUAUAUACCCUAUAAACAAAUCAUAUUCAAUACAGGUGUGCUAAUUGCCUAAAUACAACUUAUGUCCAUAUAUGGUCCGAACCGGGUGCAAAUCAACACUUCUGAGAUGGUGAUACAUCCUGUUUCACCCAUAGUCCAAUACCCACCAAGAUGGCCGCGCAUCUAUGUAUGUACUUUUUAAAUUAUACAGUGUUCUUUUAUCAUUAUAAAGAAAAAGAAUGCAUUUUUAAUAUAACAAAAAGGUAACAAAAUAUAAUCAUUGUGUGCACUCUCACACUUUUAUUUGUUUUUUACAAAUGGUAACAUGCAUUAUAUUCACACAUUUUGUAUUCUAUAUUAACCAAUUCACUUUGCUUAAUUUAAUUUCAGAAUUCUAAUAUCACUUCUAUGGCAAUGUCAGACUCUAAGUCAGUCUGCGUGUGCCUGGAUGAGGUGGUCUCCAACUGUGCCGGGAAUCAAGAGACUCCACUUCUUAACGGACACUUAAAAAAGGUUGAUAACAAUCUCACGGAGGCUCAGCGCUUCUCCUCAUUGCCCAGGAGGCCAGCUGUGAACAUUGAGUUCAAAGACCUUUCAUUUUCUAUACCAGAAGGACCGUGGUGGAAAAAGAAAGGUAAGGGACUAGAUUUAAAUACAGUAUAUACACAAAAGACUAUAUAUUGUGAACAAGCAAUGGAUAUUGCACAAUUACACUUUAAUAGAUGCACAUACACUUAAGUGGUUUUCGCAGUUAAAACAUGUUACAUUUCAGCCAAGGGUUGAGUUAGUAAGAAUAGUUUUUUACUAAUUAUAAAAAAUGUCGUUAUACCUUUUUGACUAUUAAGAUCUAUUUUUAAAUAAAGUGGUACUACCAUCAGAAAUUGUGCUAAUCAUUUAAAUCUUUAUAUUAGACUUGGAGAUUAGUUUCAGUCUGAACUGCAAUUCACCUGAAUUUGGUAGAAUUACCGAAUUCUGAGCCGAAAUGCAACAGAAUCACAAAUUAAAAUUAGCACACUCUUCCAUUGCAUGCUGCAGUUUGUCUGUGAUUUGGGUAUAUUUUAUUUCAGUCACUAAAUGUUAAUUUUAUUCCCAGAUCAAUUAAGAAGUGAGCAAAUGAGAGAAUAAAGGAGGAGCAGUAAAAAUAAAUAAAUCUAUAUUUAUAUAUAUAUAUACAUAGUCUAUAUUUAAUAAAUAUAGAUAUAAUAUAAUAAUAAUAGUAAUAUAAUCUAUAAUAUAGGUUAUUUUUUUUUUGCUCCUCCUGUUUUCCAUCUAUACGUUACUAGUGAUGUCUCUAACGGUUCGCCGAACGGUUCGCCACAGACGGCGAACAUAUGCGCUGUUCGGUCCGCCCCCUAUGUCAUCAUUGAGUAAACUUUGACCCUGUACCUCACAGUCAGCAGACACAUUCCAGCCAAUCAGCAGCAGACCCUUCCUCCCAGACCCUCCCACCUCCUGGACAGCAUCCAUUUUACAUCCAUUGUGAAGCUGCAUUCUUAGUGAGCUGUCCAGGAGGUGGGAGGGUCUGGGAGGGAGGGUCUGCUGCUGAUUGGCUGGAAUGUGUCUGCUGACUGUGAGGUACAGGGUCAAAGUUUACUCAAUGAUGACAUAGGGGCGGACCGAACAGCGCAUAUAUUCGCCAUCCGUGGCGAACCGUUCGGCGAACCGUUCAGGACAUCACUAUACGUUACCUUUUCUCACUUGAUUUGUGAACCAAAUGGUGGGAAGGUGCUACUAUCAGUGUACUUCAAAAUAUAUACAUUAUAUUAUUUUAUGUAUAUAUUUUGCAGUACGCUCAUUGGCCCAUUUUCUUGUUCUUUUGGUACAUCUGAUUCCCUGCUGAACUGGGUUAUUGGUACUGAAUUUCUGCUGAGCCAAACCAACAUUAUGCAGAAAUUCAGGCGUCAGAAAAAAAAAGGUUCUGUUUUUGGUAAAGAAAAAAGCUCAGAACAAGCAGAACUUUGUGCACAACUAUUCACCAGUUUUUGUAAAAAGUUAAUAAAAUAUUUAUAGAUAGCUUAAGACAUACUGGGUACUCAGCAUCAUCAGAGAAUGUUUCCAUCUUUUGUGCAAGGAGAAGAUUUACUCUGCAAACCAGUUAUUGACAUAACUUAAACGGACACUAUAGUCACCCAGACAACUUCAGCUCAAUGAAGUGGUCUGGGUGCCAGGUCCCUCUAGUUUUAACCCUGCAGCUGAAAACAUAGCAGUUUCACAGAAACUGCUAUGUUUACAUUUGAGGUUAAUCUAGCCUCUAGUGGCUGUCUUCCAGACAGCCACUAGAGGCGCAUCUGCGACGCUGGAGGCGAAUUUUGGCUCCAUCGCGCAGAGCAUCCAUAGGAAAGCAUUGAGAAAUGCUUUCCUAUGGACACUUUGAAUGCGCACGCGGCACUUGCCGCACAUGAGCAUUCGGCUCCAGUGACAUCGGAUGGGGGAGCUGACGUCAGACAGGGAGGAGAGGUCACCAGCGCAGAGGGAGCCCGGCGCUGGAUUAAAGUAAGUAACUGAAGGGGUUUUAACCCCUUCGGCACCACGGUAGGGGGACCCUGAGGGUGGGGGCACCCUCAGGGCACUAUAGUAUCAGGAAAACCACUUUGUUUUCCUGACACCACAGUGAUCCUUUAACUCUCUGCAGGCUACGUUGUUGUUGUUGUUGUUGUUAUUUAUUGUGUACGUGUAAUUUAGGUGAUGAAAUUCAAAGAUGGCUACUUUUGUACUGAAAAACUGCCAAAUAUUCACAGUGUAAUUGCAGACAAUAUUACUAUGUUGGUUAGGUGAAAGUAAGUUUUAAACUGCAUUAUGGAUUAAAAUAGUAAUUUUUCCGGGUUGCUUAAUAUACAGUGAUUUAGUGACAUUUGACAACCAACAAUGUUCAUUUUGAAUGAAAUCACAUACUUAGCAUUUUACUCAGGUUUUUAUUUAACUUUGCCAUUCUGCCCAAAAUUUUAAUUUUACACAUCAGCUUGACACAAAUCAUUCUUUAGUAAGUAAGCGUUAAAGGGUCACUCCAGACCGCUAAACAACUCUAGCUUGCUGAAAAGCUUUGUGUGAAGAGUGUGUCCUCCUUUUUUCAUUUUGCAAAACAGGCAGAUUUCAAAAGAAAUGUACACUUUUAUAAAUUAACCUGGUUACACCCCCUUGGCUUUCAAGCAGACAAUAGAUACUGCUACUUCCUGGUUUUGUUAGCGCAAUGCAGCUGACCUUAAAGGGACACUGUAGGCAACCAGACCACUUCAGCUAAUAGUGCCUAAGGGUCACUGUUGCUGGAUUCAGGUAAGAAGCUGAAGAGGUUUUAACCCUACAGUGCCAGUAAAAGGCUUUUUUUUCCCCUGGCACUAUAGGAUCCCUUUAAGAAGCAACAAUUAGCUGACUUACAAAGACUUCUCAUUGAGCUGUGUUGGGAAGUCUGUGAUUGGACAACCACAUACGUCUGGGUGGGGCUAGAAGGGGAGAGCUUGUAAAGGUAGCAGACAAGAAAACUGCAGAUUUUGCAAGCUGAUUUUAGAUUUACCCCCAAUGAAAAACAUCAUAAUUAAAUGCAGGCAAGUUAUCAUUCGGGGUGUAUCUAGUAAACAGUGAUUUUUUUUAUUAUUUUGUAUUUGGGCAGCGGUGUAUCCUAUUAAAUAAUAUGCAUUCCUAGUUACUGCAGUUGUAUUUUGGCUUUGCUUAUCUCAUUUUUGGUACCUGUAAAUCAAGUCAGGAUAAAUGAAAAGCUGUAUUUUAUUGCUGUGGACUUUUGAGAUUGCCUGAAAUUUCGCUUGAAAAUUUUGUAGCGACUGAAGUGCACUUGAAUUCUAUUUGAUCAUUUUUACAUAUCUACAGUUAGAAAAUAGGAACCACGCAUUAGAAAAUAGGAACGACUUUACCUCCAUAGAGCUUCCUAUUUUUGUGGAAAAUGUUCCUAAGUUAUACAUUUCCACCAGAUAGAUGUCCUUCUGUGAUGGGAAUUGAAGAGCAGUGAAAGACAUAAAUGAUUAAAAAAAAAUAAAAUUUAAUUAAAAACAUGUUUGAAUAACCCUGAAAGCAUGGUAGUAAUUGUAUAGAUUUUUGACAGCCACCAGUUUUGUGAAACGUUUUGAUGUUUUUAUUUAUAAAUUUAUUUAAUUAUCUUGUUUUGUAUCCAUGAAGUUCAUAUUCCAGCCUGUUGAUAACAUGGACAAAUCCUUGGGUAUAAAUAUAACACGUACAUCCUGACAUAUUUUAAAAGGUAGAUUGCCGGUUUGAUAGAAGGCUAUUAAAUCAGUUGGUGGUUGGAUCUUGUCUCACCAGUUUGUCCAGUUAAGUAUAGUCUUCCUUCCAAAGAUAGACACCGCCAGCCAUCUGAUAGGAGUGAUAAAUAAUGGCAUUCAUUCACUCCAUCGUCGCAACUUUCAAGAAUUUCUGCACGUGCUGGAAAAUGAAUAAAAGAUUGCAGCAAUGCAGCCGGAUAUAUGACGGUGUCUUAUUAUAUGUGUCACCUUGUACCCAGGUGUGCAUAGGUGUGACUCAUUAUAGAGUGAAAUGAGGUGAAUGGAAAAUCAGCUUUGCAAUAUUAAGACCAAAAUACUUACCUGAAAAAUUCUAUAGCUUUAUUCCAAAAUUAUAAAUUGUUUGAAUAACCCUCUAUAAAAAAAAAAAAAUAUAUAUAUUUUUUUUUACAGCUGUAUUAUAGUAUUAAUUGAACAUAAUAUACACAUGUUGUAUGGUGACAUGAUUUACCGUACCUCCCUCUACUUCAGGGGUGGAGAACCUUUUUUCUGCCAAGGGCAAUUUGGAUAUUUAUAACAUAAUUCGCAGGCGAUGCAAAAUUAUCAGCUUUAAAAUAAGCCUGCUAUAUUUAAUCAGACAUUUAAUUAACUCAUCCCUGAUGUGAUGGCUGGAACUGCUUCUCUUUGGUGAGGCACUGGUGAGGAGCUGGUAUUGAUUAUGUUGCUACUGACACACACAUGCUCACUACAGGCAAGCUCAAUGACAUACACAUGUUCACUACAGCCAAACUCACCUACACACACAUGCUCCCUAGAGACAAGCUUACUGACAAACACACAUGUUCACUACAGACAAGCUCACUGACGGACACAUGCUCCCUACCGACAAGCUCACUGACAGACACAUGCUCCCUACCGACAAGCUCACUGACACACACAAGCUCACUGUCACACACACAUGCUCACUACAGAUAAGCUCACUCACUAGCAGGUAAAUACACACACAAGAUCACUCUCAGUCAUGUGUUGCUGUGGGAACACUGGGAGAUAAAGGUUCCACUUUCCAGCCUCUUCUUGUCGGUGAGGUCAGCUGCAUGAGCCUGGGGGGCAGAGCUUGAGAGCAGAGUAGAGCAGGAGAGGCACAGAAAGCUCCCUCGCUACAGUGCUCCCUCUGGCCAUUGGCAGCUGAAAUGCGUCCGCAACAGCUGGCAGCACCUCCCUCCUUAAUUCUCUUGGACUCUAAUUCACAGUCCAAGGGGGAAAAUAAUUUAAAUGUCAUUAGAGCAUUGAAUUUCUUGUCCCGCCAGCGGUUUCCUUGGCAGGGCCAGUCCAAAUUAUUUUGCAGGCCAUACAUUUACCACCCCUACUCUACUUUAAUUUAAUCUGUAAAGUUCCCUAUUAAUACAUUAUAAAUAAUAUACACACUGCCUAUAUAGUGCACUUACCGUACCUCCCUCUACUUUAAUGUAAAGUAUGGGGACUUCUUUGGAUCUCUAUUUGGAUAAGCCUCACCUUCACCUACCACAUGCACAUGGAGUCCAUCAGGUUUUUUACAUUUUUAUAAUUUGUUAAUUAUUGAAUCUGUUUAUCCAAUAUGACAAUAGAGGUAAUACACACUGUUUUAACAGUAGAAUGAGCAAGGAUAAUAUAAUUAGAAACAUGAGGUGUAAAUCGGAAAAUAGCACUUGUUAGAUAGAUUAGGAACGGGAGUGACAUUACAUGUGCCAGAGGUCAAAUCUCAAUAUAAAUUCUGUAUCAAGAGGAGAAGAGAAAAGGGAGAUUCCACCACGGGGGCCACGGCCUACACCUUAUGAGAGACGCAAAUACUGCACCCUGGCAGACCAAACGUUACAGUAACAUUAUGGCGAGUUGUGAAAUUGAGCUGUGAGUUGUUCCAUGACCCCAACCUCAGUUAAGAUAUUGUGAAGUUCGAUAUGGGAUCGUAGUGUUGGUUUGCACCAAUGCCAAGCCAGUGCUCUUCUGACUGCCAGGGCCACUGCAGAGAUAACCAACAAGUCUUUGUAUUAACUUCUAUGAUUUAACUUCCACUUCCCCAAUACUACACUGCUCGUCACUGUGUCUCCGUACUAAAUAAUUUCACUAGCACGGCUGUCUUGAAACACCUCAAACAGUCUCAAUAAGAAUAGCUUUUUGUUUCUAUAAUUUCCUUUGGAGUGAAUACAAUCCAUGUGGAAGCUUUUUUGUUAUUGCCAUUGUAUCCUAUGAGUUACACCACUUAGUAAUCACAUUUUGUCAUAACUUUGCAGAUAGAAAAAAAGUCUCAGGCUUUAUCAAAUGUACCUGAAUGUUGGUAUGCGACCUGUAAAUCGUAUAUUUUAACAAGAAUAUUUCUUUCAAAAGAGGAAAUAAAUCAUCACAUAGACUAGAAAAUGCAUUUUUUUAAUUUAUUUUUAUACCACAAAAGAUUAAAACUUCUUAUUGGAUUUUGCAUAAUCGAGUUCAAUUUAAUGAGGUUCUAUAAAUGCAUAGAAUACAUUCUAUAACAGGGACUUUCUUUGUGUGCACAGAUCGACCUUGGAUCUGUCUGUCACAUAGUUUCCUAGCUUAAAAGGCCAAACACUUUAAUUUCUCUUUUUUUCAAAAAGACUUUUCAAUAUGUGCAGAGUGGAUACACUCAAGCAGAGGUAUAACAAGAAACUUCUGGGCCCCAGUGCGAAAAUUGCCCUGGGUCCCCCCCAUGUGUCUCAUCCCCUCCUAGCCCCUCCAUGUGUCUCAUUAUACCCCCUUAGCCCCUCCACAUAACUCAUUCCCCCCUUCCCCUUCACAUGUCUCAUUCUCCCCCCUAGCCCCUCCACAUGUCUCAUUCCCCACCUGCCCCGCUAGAUGUCUAAUUCCCCCCAUUUUCUCCAUGUUUCAUUUCCCCAGCACAUAUCUCAUUCAUCCCCCAGCCCCUCUACAUGUCUCAUUCCUCCCCUAGCCACUCCACAUGUCUCAUUCCUCCUAUAGCCCUUCCACCUGUCUCAAACCCCCCCAGUCCAUCCAUGUGUCUCAUUCUCUUUCAAAAUCAUCCAUGUGUCUCAUUCUCGCCCACACUCCCUCUAUUUGUCUCAUUCUCUCCCUCCCUCAAUCCUCAGAUGUGACCCCUACGACCAUGGUAGCUAUGCCACUGCACUCAAGGGCUUUUUCAAUAGGAUGCACCUGUCUCUUGUUAAAGUGUUUUGGGGUCUCACUUAUCCCCCUCCUUGCUAUUCUUGAACCAUUUAUGUUCCCCUCCUAUAACCAGUACAGUGAUGUACAUUGUGCAACCAGGAAGCUGUGACAGAGAUCUGUUCCAGAAGAGGCACAAAUCUCUACUACCUCUUAAUUUACCCCAGUGGGUAAGAUUAUAUAUGUAAUUAGAGAUUAUAUAUAACAGAGAAAACCUUGAUGCUGUUUAGACAGACACUCUAGGGCUGGAAGUGACCCACAUUUUUAUAAAAUAUAACUUAUAUAAUGCUUUUAAAAACAACCAAACCUUUAUGUUUCCUAGAACUGACAAGCCUUUCCAGACUACAAAGAGGCUCCUGCAUCCUGAAGUAAAUAUUUAGGGAGCAAUUGUGAUGCAAAGUUCUAAAAGUGAUGCAGUUACUAUGGAAACCAAUGGACUGUUCCUGCUAAUUGCUUUUGUUCUUGUAUAACUUUGCACAAGAGUUUCUUUUUAUAGAUCACACCCUGUUGUAUUAAGGAAGAAAGGUGCAAUAUCUCAAUAUCUUUAUUAUAUUGGCAUAUAUUAAGUAAGGAGCUGUUUUGUUGUUGAAGCAGUAGGUAGUAAUCUCCUUUUUCAACAGGAAUGGUCCCGUGAGGAAUAUAGUAAAACAUAGCUGGACAUUUUUAUAUGGCUAUUAAAAUCUGUGACAUAUUAGAAAUCUGCUAAAACUAAUCUGCCCCAAUAUAACAGCAAAAUGAUCAGGAUAUAACAAGCCAUCUGGGUACUGCAACACUAAGCAUCACACUGUGUCACCUUCAGACACAAAGCGUAUUCUUUUUUUUUUUUGUCAAUUCACAUGGCUGAGAUACACUAUUCUUUUUUUGCAUUGUACCUUUUUUCCGUUUUUGAGCAGGGAAUUGGCAAUUAGUUAAUUAUUUUUUUUCUUGUCACUACCAUGAACCAAUAAGCUACCAUGAAGCCGUGCUCCACUUUUAUAAUGAGGACAAGACGGGCAGAGAUUUGAGUCUGUUCUUGAACUGAUCUCUUUUUCUGCCUCUUCCUGGAACUUUGAGCUCGGCCAAUCGGUGAAGAGCUCUUGAUAUGACAUCAUCAUGUACAAUUCACUCAGUGUUCUUUUCCUGUUCUCACAGAAUCUCUUCUCUUUUCGAGUUUCUCCUGGCACUUAACACGAAGAGUCGAACUGUGCAAGACAGGGUUAAAACAUCAAGGGGCUAUCUGGAUAGUAGAGGGGAAGGGGAGAGCAAAUGGGUUAAAAUGGGAAGAAGGCCCCCUGCGUCUGACAGACUCUCUCUUAUAUGUGCACAGUGGCUUUUAUUAGCUUGUUCAAUGGGAUUUAUUUAUGUAUUAAGAAAUACGUUACAUAUCCCACUAAUGUACGCUGGCCAGGAGUCCAGGAGAUAUUCUCAUAUAUUGGAAGGCUAGGAUUGGCUGGGCGAUAAUGGCAAUUUCCUGGUUUACUGAAAACUAGCUGCAGUAACUGCAAAUCCUUUCCUUUUGCAACGAGUGCAGGAACAUAACAAUCAAGUAUUUUUCAUCCAUUGUCUUUUCUUGAAUGAAUACAAAUGGGAGUCAUCUCCUGCCUAUUGAAUGAAUACAAAUGGGAGUCAUCUCCUGCCUAUUGAAUGAAUACAAAUGGGAGUCAUUUCCUGCCUGUUGUGUAAUUUUUUUAUUUUAUAUUUUUGCAGUUCAUAAGCUUGUUACAAACAGGCUUGAGGUACCCCAUCGGCAUUCCUCAUGUAGUAUACUGGGGUACGGAGUACGAUAUGCAUAUUUUUAUAAUAAAACAGCUUAUAUGUUAAACAACUUGUGUGUGCCGUAGGGAGGCUGGUGCGGGCAGAAAGUAAUGUCAUUCUAUUGUAAGAACUAGACAUGGUAGCUAUAUAGAGGUAUAAUGGUUAAUAUAGAGGCAUAGCAUGCCAGCCAGUAAAAUGCUCAGAUUUUCUCGAUGCCGGAGGAAUCAGGCUGGUGGUGAAGCAUAUAUGUAAAUGCGUCUGAAAGGUCAUAUGGAUGAUGUGCGAGAAGGCAGGGCCAGGAAAUAAAUUAUGCUCAUCAUGGUGAGUAGGUUCAAGUUUGCACUGCUGGGGCCCCACACAGUAAUCAAACAUUCAGAGAAUAAUCAGUAAGAAGUAACGUUUGAAAUAAAAUAUGAAAUAUAAUAAACAGCUGCUGUUGGGGCUAGAGCAUAUUAAUUAUAGAGGUAUAUGGCAGCCCGCAUGGAAAGACAGUCACCCAACUCCCUGUGUGGGUAUGAAGCAUGAGCAGCGUUCAAGUCCUCAGGAUUCUUCAGGAGCCAGUUCCACUAAUCCACAGACUCAGAGCCUUCCUCAGGCCAAGUCAUUCCCCGGUGGGGGGCUGCGCAGGGUUGCACUCUGCUGCUGUAGCAGGUGUCGAGCGGUCCUCCACAGACGUGGUGUGGGUGGUGUGUAGGGGUUGAGCCACGUGUGGCUCUUUUCCCAGGUGGGCCAGUGGUAGUAUGGGAUGUGGUUUCGGAUGCUGCUUUGCCCUGUCGGGGCCUCUCCGGCUGCACUCCAUUUUGCCAUUCAUGUGCGGUAGGCUGAGCUGUAGAAGUCGUGAGCCGCUUGCGUUUCUCCAAUUUUGCCCAGAAUUGGUCAAAAAGUGCCUCCAGCCUCUCUGAGAAAGAUAAGCUUCAUAAACAGAUUGGUUCCAGUAGUGAGCGCUGUAAGGCUAAUACAUGUGCGUCGGCCAUUUUGUGAUUUACUUGAGUUGGCCCCGCGUCUAAAGUUGAACAAGCUACUUUGAGCUGUAGAUGCUGGCCCAGCGGGGACCGGGAUAACCCCCACUGGUCCAAAGGGGGGAGGGGGGAAUGGUUGCCAGGCAAUAGUCAGCCUGCAAGGUGAGAGAUCAUCUGCGUCUCUCAUCCCAGGGCACGUCUUAUACCCCAGGGCAGUCGGCAGGUUACACUAGGCCUUGCUGGAUUCCUUCAAAGUUCUGUCGGAACUUCCUCAAUAGACCUCUCCAGAGCACCCCGAUUGGUUCCUCUGACCCUUAGGAUAGGUUUAGUGCUGGUCAAGCGUGAUGGGAGUUAGAUUAUUUAAGCAAGGGAAUAGCUUUAUGCAGGAGCUCUCCCAAAACACGUCAAGCAGCAGGCCCCGCCCCCUGUUGUGUAAUUUGUAAGCAUACAUGCCUUCAGGAGGCCCAGUGCCUUAUCUUACAGUAGGACCCUGAUUGUCUUCAGUGAAUCCCUGCAGGUUAUAACCUUACAACAAAUCGUAUCUUAAAUCCCCUGCAGGGUCAGAUUGUGUGAGGUUCUGAAGUGAGGUUUAACAUACUGAAUUAAUAAGCAAUUAAACCCUCUAAUCCUGAUAAUUCUCAAUACAGAGCUGGUCUAUAGGAUUAGCUCGGUAAAGUCAUAUUAGCAUGUUAGCAAUUUUAUCAGAUACAUAUGGAUAGAGAGCUCAUAUUAAGCCAUAUCUUAAAACAUCUUAACUUUUGCUUUAGAAAAAAUAUUGCAAUAAUAUUGCUAAAAAGAUUUAUUCUAAAAAGUGUGUGUUGACUUAAUAUUGUUUUUAAAAUAGGUAAAGUCAUAUUUGGGGUGCACGCAAAAAUCUUUUGGAAUUUUUGUUUUAUUGACAUUAACAGAAAAUUGCUGCAAAUUAAUUAGUUGAAAAAUAUUAUCUCAAGUAAAGCAUACAUUUUUAGUUUGGUGAUAGAAUAAGUUCUUCAUGGACAGACAGAAACCGAUUAAUCCAUUCUAACACUUCAAAUUUCAGUUUUUAUGGGACCUUUCCUCUAAACUUUCCUGCUUAUAAAAGACACCAAACGAAUACACCAAUAUCUUAUUGAUCUGGUAUAAAGUACCAAAUGCUACCCCACAGGAACUGUAGUCAGGGAUAUGGUAAGACUCAUAUGCCAUUUGCCUUGAAUGAGCUUGAUUUGCGUAUUAUUUAAAUUUGUAAAAAUGAAUGGAUAUUGUUAACACAGAGGUGGUUACCUGGCAGCUUGUAAAGUCCUAAGGUUUCACUCUGAUAUUAGGUGGCAUGAAGUCAGACGGGCACAAACAUGAUAAGAAGGUUUCACUCUGAUAUUAGGUGGCAUGAAGUCAGACGGGCACAAACAUGAUAAGAAGGUUUCACUCUGAUAUUAGGUGGCAUAAAGUCAGACGGGCACAAACAUGAUAAGAAGGUUUCACUCUGAUAUUAGGUGGCAUGAAGUCAGACGGGCACAAACAUGAUAAGAAGGUUUCACUCUGAUAUUAGGUGGCAUAAAGUCAGACGGGCACAAACAUGAUAAGAAGGUUUCACUCUGAUAUUAGGUGGCAUGAAGUCAGACGGGCACAAACAUGAUAAGAACUGAUUGUUUUGUAUGUAAUGACCCCUUUGUAAAGGAAGAAAAAUCUACUUUUUAGGUAGGAAAUGCAUGUAAGCUGUGAACUGCCGUUCUAACAAAUACAAAUGUUCCACUUGGUUCUAAAUAAGUGGUUUGUUGGGAGCUUGCCAGAACAAAUACAUAUAUUUUAGGUUGAAAGUGUGAGCUUCUAUCUCAGAAUAUCAGUUGGUUUAGUUGUUUUACUGGUUCCGAGACUAGUUCCCUCUGAAGCAUCCAGUCAGUAGAACAUUCUGUCACGUCCAUCACUUGAACGUCAUGCAACAAUGUUACAAAGACUAUGUUAGUAGUUGUAAGAACUUUCGCAGAUUAAACCUGAUGCACAGUGCACAGAUACAGAACCCUUUACAUUUCUGUUGAACUCAUGAAUUCUGAUAUAAUGAGGAUAAUUCCUCUUUCUUUUUUUCUUUCCCUGACAUUUAGAUUUUAACUUAGUGCUGAACAAACUGUUUUUUACCCAAUUUAGAAGAAUUAAUGUACCUGCAAAAGCAAAUGCCAAACAAUAUGACAGAUUUGGGGAGGGCACAGGUUUUUAAAACAAGGUAUUGCUAUCAGUUUCUCAGCACCAAGCUUCACUUCCAGAGCAGUAACAACGUGUGGAAAAUAAGAGACAAUCAACAUAAGGGAGUUUGUUAACUAAACCACACAUUUAGACAAAUUAAGAUUGUUAUCUGCGAAACAUAGAAGGUUAUCCCAACUUGGGUGUUUUGGAUGUUGGAGCUGGCUGGGUUGAUCAACAAAAGUGUUUGAUGGUCAUUAUACCAAGUCUAGUUCUGGUGGUUAUACCUGGUGGCUAGAAACUGCUUGUUAACUGGUGGCUCUUUUUUAACUGCUGGCUCUGUUUUAUAAACUGCUAGCGGGGAGUGGCUGGGACAAAAUGUGUCUAACUAGAAGGGAGAGAUGUUUAAUAGGGGAAGUUUGUAAUAAUGGUGGUCAGUUUAAAAGAUUAAUGACUGACUUGUAAGCAGGAUUGAUAGCUUGUUAGGAAGAGUUACUCGAUACGAGAGAUAUAAAUCAUUUUUGAUGGCUGGAAUGAUAUUGUAAGGACAAAGCGCUUUUGUUUAGAUGGUUGGUUGGUUGGUUGGUUGGCUGACUGUGAAAUAUGGAUAUUGUUUGUCUAGAAUUGGAAGAUGCUAGUCAAUUGCAGUGGUGGCUAACUAGUUAUGAAUGAUGGUGGUUUGGAAAGAUGGAGGCUCUCUUAUAAGGUGGAUAUAUGACUGGCUAGUUAGAACGAAUGGCUGUUACUUUUUAGUAUACAGGGACAUUUUUGGGAUAGAAGGUAAUUGGAGCAAUAGUUGGUUAAAGGACCGCUAUAGUCACCCAGACCACUCCAACUCAAUGAAGUGGUCUGGGUGCCAGGUCCCCCAGGUUUUAACCCUGCAGCUGUAAACAUAACAGUUUCAGAGAAACUGCUAUUUUUACAUUGCAGGGUUAAUCAAGCCUCUAGUGGCUGUCUUCCUGACAGCCGCUAGAGGUGCUUCUGCGACGCUCAAUCAGAAAAUUGCAUUGAGCACGCAGAAUGUCCAUAGGAAAGCAUUAAGAAAUGCUUUCCUAUUGGCGUUUUUAAUGCGUGCGCGCCUCUUGCCGCACAUGCGCAUUCAGCUCCACUCGGGAGCUGCUGUCGGAGGGAGAGGAGAGGUCACCAGCGCCGAGGGAGCUCGGCCCAGGGCCCCCCGUACUGAGGGUGGGGGGGACCUAAGGAUUAUAUAGUGUCAGGAAAACAAGUUUGUUUUCCUGACGCUAUAGUUGUCCUUUAAGGUGAAAUUAGACUGGUUUAGAGAGAAGGUAACUAGGUAGGAGGAAAAAUGGCUAGUUAGGAGGAAGGAUGACAAAUUAGCAAGGAGGGUAGUGUAGUGAGUAGUUAAGAUGGAGAGUACAUAGCGCUAAUUCUGUCACUCGGUAAAAAAAAUUAUUUUCCAAAAGAGAUUUAUAUGAAUUUUUAUAGCAGCCUAAAUGUAUGGCAGAGUAUUAUGGAAGCUGCAGUUUACAAAAAUCAUCAGUUCCAAGGUUAGCUAUUACUGCUUUAAAGGAAUAUAUUAGAUGUGUAUAUAAAUCAAAUGAGUCAAAUUCCUGAACGAAUUGUUCUGUCCAGCUCCAAAGUAAAUUCCGGACGGAUCGAUUCGUUGGGGCAUAGAUUAACAGAAAUGUGAUUUGUUUGAUGCAGUUGAAAAGGAUUUGUGCUCAAGUCUAGAAUCUACUGACCUUAUUAUGAUGAACCACCAGCUAUUUUUGGAAUGGACAAAGUAUUAUGCAGAAGAGCCUUCACAUUUUCUGCAUUCAGUAUUGUAACGUUAAUUAAUAUUAUUAAUACAGUCUCUAAUUUCAAAUGUAUCUUCCCCGAUUCUAAUUUUCUUCACAGCUCAUAUAGAAAAUGUUGAGAGCAUUUAACGCUGAAAUAUUCUUCGCAUAUUCUGCGAUCUGUCGUUGUUCUAGAGUUAAUAUCUGUAACCAGCAUGGUUCACUGUCUGAUAUUAUCUGUUAGUAAACGCAUCGCCAAGUUGUUUAUCAUCGAGCAUAGCCCGUGUCCUAUAUUGGUUGCUAAUCCCUUCUAGAAAAGACAAUAGUCCUAUCAGCUGGUGCACUGCAGUGUAGGUAAUUCAUGAACAAUAUCCCUUCCCCGGUUACUCCUGGUCAAUGCACUAGAGUAACCUCGAAUCAGGAUGCCUUAUGGAGUGAAACAUUUCCUAUUGGCUGGUGUCUGGCUUGUUGCUAAAGAAGAUGAAUAAAUGUGUGGACUAGAAGAUCUAUACAAUAUCCAAACACAUAUGUGUUGUUUCAUUUGUUCCUGAUUGAGGUAGAUUUAUAUUUAUAACAAAACCUGCUUGCUCUUUUUUUACGAGCCAUAUGUUUUUUUCUGUUUUUUUUUUUUUUCUCAAGAGAAGCCGAUUGAUCGAAGCCUAGGGCUUUAACCCCUUGAGCCCAAAACCAUCGUAUUACAGCAAGAAUGUCUCAUGUUAUAUGUUCAGCGUUAAAUGCAAAAGGGACAUUAUAAAUUGGAAACCAGAUCGACUGAUUAAUAUUAUCUACGACAAGAUGCUUUUAGUAGCUUUUAUUUAUUUAUUUAUUUAUUUAUUUAUUUUUUUCUGGCCAUGUAAUUACAAGGGUAGUUAAACUAAUCUCCGAGCUAUCGGGGACUAGAUGCAGGGCUCAAUAACCUAUAACAACAGUGCUGAGAAGUGUGUAUGAUCCAGUAAUUGAAAGAAACCGACCAAAAGAAUAGCUAAAAAGCCCAAAACAGAUCAUUUCACUUUUCAACCUUUCUAUAUUGUUCCAAAACAAUAUAAUUAAAAAAAAAACUUUGAUACUGUUUCCAAUGUAAUUUUGAAAGUAAAGAUACAUCACUUAAUUAUGUCUUAUCCUGGAUGUUCAUUGCACACUUUCAGUAUAAUUUUAAGACCUUAUCAUUUCUUAGUGAUGUUUGUUAAAUAUGUCAUUGACUGAAACAAUUGAAUGUAUAAGAAUUCAUAGACUGUUAUUUUGGGAAGAAUAUAUAGCUGUAUUUGUUAACUAUAACUCCACAUCAAAAGAGCAGGUCCCAUUCCUCACGAUGUCCGCCACAACUGUGCUUUUACAUCUCAGCCCCAAUUAAUAAGUACGCCCACACUAUGCCAUUCUUAUGUCACAAAUCGAUAAGCAUGCACAGCACAAUUAUUUAAUGUGCACAGGUUUAUUUAAGGUGUGUAUAAUUAUUUAAGUUGUGCAAAGAUUUUACUGCAGAAGAUGACCUUUUAGUUUAUUGAACGCUCAGUCCUAAUAACCACUGAGAUUAUUUUAUCGAUUUACUAAUACUUUUUUAAUUAACAAAAAUUACUUCAAGCAUAAACGUAAAAAUUGAUGUACAAAAUACCAGAUAAUUGCUGCAGAUAACCAGGUGUAUUCAUACAUUUCAAGAUCACCACUAUAUUCAACCAUACAUUGAGAUGACCCAUUUUGAUUAAAUAGUACAUGAAUGUGGGUCAAAGACAAAAAUUUGACCCUAUGUUAAAGGGACACUAUAGUCACCCAGACCACUUCAGCUCAAUGAAGUGGUCUGGGUGCCAGGUCCCCUGGGUUUUAACCCUUCAGAUGUAAACAUAGCCACUAGGGGCCACUUCCUCUAUUUAAACUGAGUAAAUCACACUUAUGGGACACUGGACGGUUUUAACCCCUUCAGCGCCAAGGGAGGGAGGUCCUGAGGAUGAUAUAGCGUCAGGAAAACGAGUUUGUUUUCCUGACACUAUAGUGAUCCUUUAAGGUGUGCCUGGUAGCCUAAAUGUAAAAAUAUGUUCAGCAGUUUGUCGGUUUUAAAUCCCAUGUUCUGAUUGGCCGCUGGCAUCUCAUGCACCAGUUGAGGCCAAUUAAUUUGAUUAAUGUUUGUCCAAGAUGCAAACUGUAACAUUUCUAAAAAAAUGUCUGCUGUCAAAUUGAAAUUGAUUAAUUUGUAAUAUUAAUGAAAAAUUGUUAGACGGAAAUAAUAUAAAUCCAUUGGGAUUUUAUUUCAAAUUGAUUAAUCUGGACUAAAUUCCAAGUGACAGUAAUUUUAAAUCACUUUGGACUAGUUAUUUAACCCCUUAAGGACACAUGACAUGUGUGACAUGUCAUGAUUCCCUUUUAUUCCAGAAGUUUGGUCCUUAAGGGGUUAAACACAUGAGCAGACAAACACACAGUUCUUUUUAUUUUCACAAUAUACCCUCCUUCUAACACACUCACAGUGGUGGGGGUUGGAUUCAUUAUUCUUCAAAUUUUAGAGAAUUAAAAAUGUGAAUGGCAACAUUUAGGAGAAAAUAACUAUUUAGAAAAAUUAUCAAACUUGUCUACAGUCAAAGCAAAAUUUUACGCAUCAGAUUUCAAAUUGCAAAAAUGUGGCGUUGUAACCCUGAUUGUUGUCUUCCCUGUUUUAAAGCACAAGGCACCUGUAAGUGGGGCAAGUCUAUUUCCUGAUACAUGAUGAUAUAUCAACUAAAUAGUAAAUGAAAAACUGAAUGACAUAAAUAAGGCAAACAUUGGCUGGAAACAAAUAUCCAACCCAGCUAACGUUUGGCAACUAUAGCCUGAAUUUGAACUAUGGUUUUAAAUCCACUGGAGUUCACUGCUUAGUAUAUAAAACCCUUUAACUGCGGUGCUAAAUUCUAUCUGGUUGCAGUUAAUUCUAAAUAAAGCAGUAAAAUAAAAUACAAAAUAAAGCUGUCUUUGAAAUUGGUGUGAAAAACACAGCCUACUCACUUACCCCAUCCCUGCGUCUGUGUUGUUUAACAGGUAGUGCGAUGUAUAAAUGUCAUUGCUGCAGCUACCUCCUGCUGGGAUACAAUACCAUGUAUCCACUACAUGUUAGCUGGCUGUUAAAUUUAUCUAAAAGUAUAACGUGUCUUAUAUGUAAAAAGUAUAAUAUGUCUCAUACGCGCAUGUGUGUGCAACUAUAUUUAUUAUGUAACAGGUUUUUUGGCGGAUCCCCUUAUACCCAUGGGGUCCCUCACCUCAGUUACCUCUUAACACUCACAGGCGAUCCAGAGUCUCUGCUACCUGGGAGUUGGGGUAUGUGAUUGUAGCAGUGCCUCCACCCAGCUGGGUAUCCAUGGUGUUGAUGUAGGAUCCCACUUGGAACAUAUCUACAUGAGUGAUAGAAACUACACAGUGUGACUUAUGCACCCAGACCCCUUCAGAUUAAUGAAGUGGUCUGGGUGCCAGGUCCUCCUAAUUUUAACUCUGUAGCUGAAAACAUCCCAGUUUUAGAGAAACGGCUAUGUUUACACUGCAGGGUUAAUCCUCUAUUGGCUGUAUCCCUUAUAGCCACUAGAGGCCGCUUUCUCUAUUUACAUUGAGUAAAUAACACUUAUUUGACGUCCUCAUGGAGUCCAGCGUCAAAUAAGAUCCCCAUGGGAAAGCAUUGAAUAAUGCUUUCCCAUGGGCAGGUUUGAAUGCGUGCGCCUUUGGCCGCACAUGCGCAUUUGGCUCUACUUGGGAGCUGACAUCGGCUGGGUAGGAGAGGUCACCAGCACCAAGGGAGCUCAGUGCUGGGUUAAGGGAAGUGACUGAAGGGUUUGUAACCCCUUCAGCGCAGAGUAAGGGGGGCCCCAAGGGGGAACUCCAAGAGCCUAUAGUGCCAGGAAAAUAGGUUUGUUUUCCUGGCACUAUAGGAUCCCUUUAAGUAUAACGGGCCUCAGUCCCUAGGCUCAACAAUUUCUUGACAGUGAUCUUUCUCUGCUUAUAUCCAGCUAUGCACUAACUCCAAAACAAAAUGGAGUCCCGGUUGUAUUCAGCCAUGCUCUCUGAAGCUCGCCAUCUGUUGGUCACCACACAAAAUUGCAGGGUACAAUGGAACCAGACUUCUAUAAUCCCAGUGGGAUAACAAUUAUAAUAUUGCAAAACUGAAUAAUAGCUCUUGUUCUCCUACUUUAAUACGUGAGGGUUGUACUGUAAAAGUAAACCAGUGCUAUUCUUUGAAGGGGCAAUCUAGGUACCAUAACCACUGCAACUCAUUGUAGUGGUAAUGGUACAAAGAGUAUUUGGGCGCUGCCUUUUUUAUUUACUUUCAAAGUAUUAUUGAGAAUUUUGACAAUAAAACAGGGCUCCCCGCUGCUUAUAGCCCACCCCUCUGUAACUAGGUGUCAAAGCUGAGCUAGCUUUCACAUGUUGUUGAGGGAUGGGGGGCAGAUGACAAAAGGGCAUCUUCGCCUGUGUAGUCAAAAAUCCAUGCAUCAGCCCCUGGGGGACCUACAUGAUAUCAGACGGGUGGUUUUAAUGUUGUGGAUGAUUAGUGUAUGCAAAUGAAUACUUAUAGAAAAUAUAAAUAUAAUAUGUAAAUCAAUAAAGGUGUGUAACUAAAUUUAAAUAACAUAAAUGUGAAGUACAAACUACAUAGCAUUUUCCCAUGCAUUAGGUAAAAAGACAAUUUAGCUCAGCAACCCAGAAGGGUUAGCUACAUUAGUGGUGGCUGGUGAAGGUUUAAGAUGGUGGAGCACCAGACUCCUCCUCAAAAUGUUACUCCUCCCUAAGCAGUACAGAAACACACAGAGAGGCUGGGAAAUGGGAGAAAUAGACACACAAAGGAGCUGGGGAGGGCUGGGAGAGGGAGAGAGAUGCACAGAGAGGCUGGGGAAGGGGAGAAAGAGACACACAAAGGAGCUGGGGAGAAAGAGACACACACAGAGGCUGGGGAAGGGGAGAAGGAGACACACAAAGAAUAUGGGGAGAAAGAGACACACAGAGAGACUGGGGGAGAAAGAGACAAGGUGCUUUGGGGGACAAGUCACCGUGAUAGACUGGGAAGGGGGGAAAGAGACACACAAGGUGCUUGGGGAGUAAGAGAUAUACAGAGGGGCUGGGGAUAGAAAGAGACAGAGAGGAUGAGGAAGGGGAGAAAGACACACAAAGGAGCUGGGGAGAAAGAGACACACAGAGAGGCUGGGAAAGGGGAGAAAUAGACACACAAAGGAGCUGGGGAGGGCUGGGAGAGGGAGAGAGAUGCACAGAGAGGCUGGGGAAGGGGAGAAAGAGACACACAAAGGAGCUGGGGAGAAAGAGACACACAGAGAGGCUGGGGAAGGGGAGAAGGAGACACACAAAGAAUAUGGGGAGAAAGAGAAACACAGAGAGACUGGGGGAGAAAGAGACAAGGUGCUUUGGGGGACAAGUCACCGUGAUAGACUGGGAAGGGGGGAAAGAGACACACAAGGUGCUUGGGGAGUAAGAGAUAUACAGGGGCUGGGGAAUAGAAAGAGACAGAGAGGAUGAGGAAGGGGAGAAAGAGACACAUGAAGGAGCUGGGGAGAAAGAGACACACAGGGAGGCUGGGAAAGGGGAGAAAGAGACACACAAAGGAGCUGGGGAGGGCUGGGAGAGGGAGAGAGAUGCACAGAGAGGCUGGGGAAGGGGAGAAAGAGACACACAAAGGAGCUGGGGAGAAAGAGACACACAGAGAGGCUGGGGAAGGGGAGAAAGAGACACACAAAGGGGCUGGAGGAAAGUAAGAGACACACACGAGGGAGUGUUAGAGACACAAAGGGAAAAUAUGGGCGAUAAGAUAUGCUAAAGGGAGUAAAACAUUUAAAAGAGAGGAUAAAAAACACCAUGGAGAGGGAGAUUAAGGGAAACACAGGUUAGGUUGCAUGUUGUUGAGGGAUGGGGGGCAGAUGACAAAAGGGCAUCUUCGCCUGUGUAGUCAAAAAUCCAUGCAUCAGCCCCUGGGGGACCUACAUGAUAUCAGACGGGUGGUUUUAAUGUUGUGGAUGAUUAGUGUAUGCAAAUGAAUACUUAUAGAAAAUAUAAAUAUAAUAUGUAAAUCAAUAAAGGUGUGUAACUAAAUUUAAAUAACUUAAAUGUGAAGUAUAAAUUAAGUUAAAUAAUUAUUGCAUGUUUUGGCUUUGCAUUAAAAUGUUUUAUUGUGUUGUCUUACGAUAGCAGAAUAAAAAUAUCCAGUGCUUCCAUAGAUAAUUAUUAACAUAUAACAAACUAUUUUUACAUGUGACAAGAAUUUUUCGCAGUUUGCACUUUUUUCAAAAUGACUGUGAAUUUUGGCUUGGCACAUAUUAGAAGAGACCAAAAUGCUGUGAGACAUCUUCAAGUUUGUGCUGCCACCUGCCUGCUUCUGUCUUUUUAUAUAAAACAAUUAUGUCAUAGCUGCAGUAGGCCCAGUAUUAAAUAUACUGCAAUGUGCUUCUGCUAUAAGCUGGAUGGACGAGACGAUGAAGAAUGGAAUUCUGGAGUUAUCACUUGUUUAUAUAAGAUCUAAUCAGAUAAAUCUCUAAAUGCUCUUUGGUGGAAAUAAAACAAAAGUUUGGUUAUAGCAGCAACUGGCUCUGUUUAUCACAUUCCUCCAAAUACAAAUUAACUGUAUUGGAAAUGUCGAUUGGAAUCAUAAAUAAAAUCAUACUGGCCCAUCUUGAGUAUCCAGAAUUAAAUCUCAACUGUGUUUGUUGAUUGGUCUUUCUGUAUAGCUGUAUCCCAAUUAUGCCAAUCAUACCAACCUUCAGAUGUCAAUCAUGCUCAACUAACCGGUAAUAAUAGUAUUUUUUCAUAUUACUACCAGUAUUCCACCUAUAUUGGGAAGUGUACCAGAACUGGUGGUAAAUGCAUCCAAAUGUAGCCAGAAUUACAAAUGAUUUAACUUCUUUUCUAAGAUUUACAGUUGUGAAGUUGCUUAGGGCGAUACAUAUGAUGUAUGAGUGACACUAGACAAAGAUUCUCUCACUAAUCUGACUUUAUAUCCUUCAAGCACUGAUUAUCAAAGCCCCAUCAGAAUGGACGCAUCCUGCCAAUCAAUCCAUGGAGAUAGAAUUUUUUCUAGGUGGAAAAUGCAAUGCAUUUUAGAAUUCCUAUCAAAACAAGAACUUAAAACAUAGGAGAGAUCACACUAAAUCACGGGACAGAAGGUCCAUUUUAAAUGAGUGCUAGGGUUUUGGUUAGAGCUAGGCUUAUGACUAGUGUAAGGAUUGAGAAAGAACUAGUUACUUUAAUUUAAGACAUGUGCUGCGAUAUUCAGCUGCCACCAUUAAUUAUUAUUAGUGUUAUUAUUGCCAUUUAUAUAGCGCCAACAGAUUCCGUAGCGCUUUAUAUUACAUUCAGAUCGUUUAACAAUAAUAUGUUAGAUAGGACAUGUAAUUGUUAAUUCAAAUUGAGCUGCAGUUUGAGCCUAAAAAAAUUAGUUAAUUUGUUUGCUGUAAUUCAGUAUUUACUUUAGUAUAUUACGUAUUAUAGGAAAACAGAAAGAAGAGCGUAUACCGCGCCUAAUAGUUUAUAUAUGUAAAAAAUACAUACAUGUAUCCUUGAAUAUUCCAAAUAAUCGUAACCUCAGAAAAGAAUUAAGAUAAAAAAUAAUAGUGCAAUACAGUCAAUAUUAUCUUAAAGACGGGUGAUUUAUAACUAUGUACAGUCCACUCACGUAUGAAUGAGCUAUAACAGAGCUCUGCUGUGAAGCGCCUGGACGGUACAAUCCCCGUCUUUGGAUUUGUAGAAGUUGCCACAAAUAUUUCCAAAGUGCAAUGAGCGUAGUUGGUAUAAAAGAAAAAUAGCAGCAAUAUGGUGAAGUAAGUACCAAUAAUAUAAUAAAUAUUAAAUAGUAUUUUACUUACAAUUUCUAGAGCAUAUGGCCUGCUCUGGUAUAAACAACUUGGGUGGUAUAAUCCCCACCAAGGAUAUACAGGAUCCAGGAAAUAAAAAAUAGUAAAUAUAAAAGUAACUUUAAAAGUAUACUUUAAUAUAAACAAACAGAAUAAAGGAUAAAAUAUAUAAAAUAUAAAAUAUAGUUCCACUUAUUACGUAUUAUAAAAUGCUUGCAUAGCGUCCUCUGGAUAAUAGAGAAGAAUUUAGUUGGAAUAUUCCAUUUAAGGUUAUGUAUAUCUUGUCUAAAUGUUAUGGUCUGCCUGGCUCAGAGUUAUAGGUUAUGGGUAACAUGGGUUGUUUGAUAAGUUAAAGGACCACUCUAGGCACCCAGACCACUUCAGCUUAAUGAGGUGGUCUGGGUGCCAGGUCCAGCUAGGGUUAACCCAUUUUUUUUAUAAACAUAGCAGUUUCAGAGAAACUGCUUUGUUUAUAAAUAGGUUAACCCAGCUCUCCAGUGGCUGUCUCUUGACAGCCGCUAGAGGCGCUUGCGUGCUUCUCAGCCGAAGAGGAGGAGAGGAGGAGGAGAGCUCCCCGCCCGGCGCUGGAGAAAGGUAAGAUUUUAACCCCUUCCUCUCCCCAGAACCCGUGUGGGGGUACCCUCAGGGCACUAUAGUGCCAGGAAAACGAGUAUGUUUUCCUGGCACUAUAGUGGUCCUUUAAGAAGAAAAACCUGUUAUCCGUGUAUUAAUAAACCUUAUAUUUACACCAGGAUGAACAUACUACAUUUGAGAACAGAAUGGCAGCUUAAGUACAGAUAUUAUCUUCCCCUGGCUAUAAAGGAAAUUAUGUUGGGCUUAGUCACCCGGCUGUGAGGUUUAUUUUAGAGAAUUGUUCUCACUAAAGUGAAAAUUGCAUGUAAAUGUUUCAGAUAUGCACAGAGGAGAAGAGAGAGGUGAUAUUAAACUGUAUGCUGGUCUAAAUGAACAAGUAACGGGUUAGGCAAAUAAUAAAUAACAGAAAAUUAUUUUGUCCCUCUAUUUCGCAUUAAAAUAUAUGCUGGUAUUCUGUUGUGGGAAAGUACUUUAAAUUUCAAGGAAACACCAUCAAUAUUAACUUGACAAAAAAUAUGCCACUCUUAUGAAAAUAUGUUAUAUAGAGAUAUUGCACUAUAAAGCAUGUAAAAAAGGAAAAUAAAUAACAAAGUAAAAUCAAUAUCUGUACAUGAACCUAGGUUACUAGGUACCGGUGGUUUUUAAUGUAGUUGAACUAUUUGAACUGUACCUGGGGUUCCCACUGAUUUCAAUGAGAACACUGCUGUUGGUUGGUUGUUUCCUUAAUUUUAACCUCUGCUUUAAGGCAUCCCCUCCCUCCCAUAACUUGUUAUUUCAAUUAUUGAUCUUUCUUGGGCAGGCAUUUCUACCUUGGUUUUAUACAAGGCCAGGGGUCAGCAUUAAACCAAGGCUAGAGGGACAAAGAUUCUACAUUUCAAAAAUGUAGCAGACCUGCUGGAUCUAGGUCUGUUAUAGUUACAUUUACAUGUGUCCAUCAAGUUCAGCCUUUCCCACAUGCUGUUCCAAGAAGGGAAAAAAACUGUUUGAGUUUUUUUCCAAUUUUGUAACAAACUAGAAAAAAAAUCCUUCUUGACCCCAGAAAGGCAGUCUGAUGCCUCCUUGGAUUAAGAAGAUAUUACCCCACAAAUUAGAAUGAUACCCCUUAAUAUUAUGUUUUUGCAAGUAUCCAUCCAAUUGCUGUUCAAACAUAUGUAUAGAUUCUGAUAAACCCACCUCUUAAUUCAUCAUCCUUUUUGUUCUUACUGUAAAAAAGCCCUACUCAUUUGCCUUUGACUAAAUUUCCUUUCUUCCAGUCUGAAUGCAUGAACAUGUAUCCUAUUAAUAGCUCUGUUUAUGAAUAGAUUUCAAGACAAUGGUUUUGCUUACUAGCCGUGUAUUACAUUAUAUUUGAUACUUGUGAGAUGUAGAAUUUGUGUCUUCGCUUAUUGUGGUUAUAUGUAACAUAUUGGAGAAAAUAUUUAAAAUCUCCAUUGUUAACUCACAACAAUGCCAGGCUUUAGCUGGAACAAAAGUUUAGUGAUGCCAUUUUUAAAAAAAAAUAGAAAAUCCAUUUAAAAUACAAAUAUAAUUUUCUUCUUUUUGAAAAUACAUAUAUAAGCUUAUAUCAGAUAACAAGUAUAUGAGAUGUACAUACACAUAUUAACGAUGCCAUUUUGAUGCAGUCCCUCCCAAACUUGUUUUGAUUCAAUAAUUACACUGGAUUACCUGCUAGAGAUUUGCCCUUAUCCAGUAAUGAUAAAAUCUCAUUUUUAAAUGUUAGCCACUUUUCACAAAGCCAAGUUUAUCUGAAGGAGAAAGGUAACUACGCACUUCCAAAAGCUUGUAGAUUUAUGGAAAACGUUGUGGAUCAAUAAAGAUAUGCCAUACUUGAACUAAUUUCUCUGUUUCAGCCAGCAUUUUCCAUGAAAUAAUUAUUAUCUCAGCAUCUUCAGCAAAGUAUCCUUUCAAAAUUCAGGAUAACUGUUUAAAUACCAACAUAUUGCUCUCUUUGAUUUCCCCUUCAGCACUCAAAGGGUAAACUGUGUGACAACAGCUGGAAGUGACGUAAUUAUUCAAGACAUUUCUAUGAAUGUAUAGGUAGCAUGAAAUGGACACGCCAAACACAUAAAGCACUUUAGCUUGCUGAGAUGCUUUACAUGCGAAGAAGGUUGUCAUCUUUUUCAUUUUACAAAAAGUGUAGAUUUCAAUAGAAAUUGGAACUAUUAUAAAUUAACCGUGCUACACUAUUAAUCAGACAAUGGAUCGGUUACUUCAUGGUUUGUUGAGCUGUGGAGUAAAAGUGAAAAACAGGCAAUUGAUCAGAGCACCUGCCUUGCAAAGGUUAUUUUAAUGAGAUGCAUUGCAAAAUCUAUGAUUGGACAACCACAGAAUGUCUGGGUGGGGUUAGAAGAGGUGGGCUUGCAAAGUCUGCAAACAGCACAUCUGCCGCUUUUGCAAGCUGUUUUUACAUAUACCCUAGUAAAUGGUGAUAGUUGUUAAAAAAAAAAUGUUUUUUUACUUGUGCAGUGAGUUUGCCAAACUCAUGAUAAAGGUGCCUGACCAUUUCCAUGUUUACAGAAGCUAAAUAUUUAGGUACUAAUUGCAGAUUAUGUCGUAUGGGCCAAAUAGAUAAAUUCUCAAGCUCAAACUGGCACCAUUGUAGUGGUGUGGCUGAGCCCUAGAGAAGCAUUUUCCCGUGGAUGGCAGUGGCGAAACAGCAAACUAUUUUAGUAACCAAUUAUGUAGAUACAAAAUAUCCUCAUAUUUUAAGGUUAUCACUGGUGAUAGAAAUGCAUGAUGCUAUGUUGUAACAUCAUUUUCUGCCCUCUGGUGAUAGAAAUGCAUGAUGCUAUGUUGUAACAUCAUUUUCUGCAUGCAAAUUGAAAGAGGAUCCACAGGCGUUAUAAAUUCUUAUAAAUUCUGUCCAUGAUCAUUGCAGCCUGCUCUCCAUUAUACAGAAGAAGGGAAUUGAUGGACAUACCAACAACAUGCAUUUCUCAGCAGUGGUGCCGCUGUAAAAACCUAAAUACCGGCUAAGGAACAGUGUGCACACACACACACACAAACAUACAGUUUAAAGUCUUUGCUCUGAGUAGUACAACACAAAUAGGAUAAAACUAAGGACAUCUUCAGCGAUCCAAAAUAGUUUUUUUAUAUAUCAGCAACUGAAAUACUAUAGCUCCAAAAACAGGGCAUCGAAGGCAGACGGAAGCUGAUUAUUCCUAGUAAAGGCUAAUUUGUUAAACUAUUGUGAAUACCAACUGACCACGUCCAAAUCAAAGGGACUUUGCUGUUAAUUUACUUGGUGAGGUAUUUACCAAAGUCCAUUCACAAAAUCCAGACACUGUUCACACUAUUUAACAAUGUUUGGAUUUUGCAAUUCAGGAACCGAACAGGCCUGGGCUAGAGUCAGAGUCAACCUUACUCAGGGCUUGGAGUCAGUGAUGAAAGAGAGUAAUCGGACGGGUUACUUUGAGCCUACAUGAAGGGAAAAGGAACAGUGUUACGCAAGGCAGGUCAGGGGAUUACCUGGGUUGUCUAAGGUGUUUAGAAAAAGAAAAAAAAACACCUUAGCCCCAUAAUGCCUCUGUCUGUUUAGAAAAAGAAACGGUGUUUAGAAAAAGAAAAAAAAAACACCUUAGCCCCAUAAUGCCUCUGUCUCCUUUUCCCACAAUAUCUAUUUUCCUGUUCAGUGCAGUAUAAAGGCCUAGUGCAGGGGUUCUCAACCCAGUCCUCAAGGACCCCCUGCAAGUCCAAGAUUUAGGGAUUACCUGGGUGUGUCUAAGGUGUUUAGAAAAAGAAAAAAAAAACACCUUAGCCCCAUAAUGCCUCUGUCUGUUUAGAAAAAGAAACGGUGUUUAGAAAAAGAAAAAAAAAACACCUUAGCCCCAUAAUGCCUCUGUCUCCUUUUCCCACAACAUCUAUUUUCCUGUUCAGUGCAGUAUAAAGGCCUAGUGCAAGGGUUCUCAACCCAGUCCUCAAGGACCCCCUGCAAGUCCAGGAUUUAGGGAUUACCUGGGUGUGUCUAAGGUGUUUAGAAAAAGAAAAAAAAAGGUUUUUUUUUGUCUUUUUCUAAACACCGUAGACACACCCAGGUAAUCCUUAAAUCGUGGACUAGUAGGGGGUCCUUGAGGACUGGGUUGAGAACCCCUGGCCUAGUGGCUUUACAACCUCAUGUGGAGCAUCGGCCCCGUAAAUUAUCCUAAACAACCCUUACUGUAUAUUAUAACUUUUCAGACACAUUUUGAGUCUUCGCCACUUUGCUUCUGGAUAAGAGCACUAUUGUGUAAUACAACCCACGCAUCAUUUAUAAGUGGGCAUAAAAGAUGAUAUAUCUUCCCUGGAGGCCAUCUUGGAGGAAACCCCUUUCCAUGAAUCUUUUUAAGGCUCUGUAUAAGACAUUGUGGAAGAUAUUUUCAUACUACCUGUGGUGGGGGGCAGCACAUUGUAUGUAAGAGUGAUUGAAUUAGAAGAAUAUGUAUAUCCUUUAAUUUAUACAUCUUCUGUUAAUAUUUCCUGCACAAAUUAAGUUAUUUACUAAACCUGGAAUUGUGGGACAUUGUCUAAGGAUUUGCUAAUUUUAUGCCAAUAUAACUCUGGCUGGUGUAGUUAAAUUGUAUCGUGCUCUAGUUAAUGAACUGAAUUUUAUUUUGUACACUGUAGCUGUAAUAAAAAAAUGUGAACUUUUUUUUUAAAGCUAAUCUGUUAUGAGUGACCUACUUUUCUUUUAUUCCCUAAUGAAUUGAACAAUUUUCAAACUAAAAACGGAUUUCGGUUUCUUCAAAAUUCUUUGUGUAUUGAGGGAAGAUUCAGCACAUUCCUUUGCUCCCUUUGGUAUUAAUACAAAAUGCAUUGCUCGCCAUUCUAGAAUGCCAAGGGUUUACUCUUUUUUUAUAGUGAGUAGAGGGCAUUCCUUUUUCCAAGUUAAGGGCAGGGAUAUUUAUGGGUAUGUUUUUAGGUUUUUAAGGCAAGAGGAAUAAGGCACUCCCUGCCAAUAAAGAUAUAAUGAACAGAGGACUAGGAAUCCCUGAUCUGUUUAAUAUUAUGCUAGGGGCUCGCUAAGGUACCCCCUAGCAAACAUAAAUCCAUUAAGUUCCUCAUUUGCUAAAUCUCCCCUGGUUUAUAUGGGCAACUAACAUUUCAAUAAUAAUAAUAACAACAACAAUAAUAAUUCCGCCUUAACCCCUUUAAUGUGGCACUUGUAUAUACCAGAUUGCCAGGGUUUGCACCCAUACGUAUACACAAUCUAAACCGUUGCAAAUUAAAUUUGUCAUAGCAGAGCUCAUGAUAGCAGACCUAGCACUACAAUUCAAGUUUGCACUCUGCUCAACCCCCAACCCUCCCACCUCCAUCCCCCCACAGCACGGGUCAGUAGAAUGAUCUAGAGAUCUCCUUGCAUUCGCUGUGCUGGUUGCUCUGCACACUGCACUCUGGCUGAGAGCAGUACUCUGGAAGUGCUCCCUCUCGAUCAGAGACUGGAAGGUGACAUUCCAAAGGUUGUCUUCUCAGCCAGAGGGCAGAUUCCACAGACAGCCCACCGGACCACCAGCUGAACACUGGACUCCUAACUGACUGUUCUCUAUGAGAAGCAUUCAGGACGUGGUUACCUGACCAAGUCUGACCAAGUUAGGAAGACAGCCUCUAGAGACACAUUUAGCCAUGCAAUGGAAACAUUGCUGUAUCUACUAAGCAGUCAUGUUUGACAUUGCAAGGCUACAAUUAAAGGAACCACGCACCCAGUGCAUUGAGAUGAAGUGAUCUGCAUGCCUUUUGUGGUCUUUUAAACAUUCUCAUAACACAUGCCCUCAAGUUAGGAAGUCAGCCACUAGAGACACAUUUAGCCAUGCAAUGGAAACAUUGCUGUACCUACUAAGCAGUCAUGUUUGACAUUGCAAGGCUUCAAUUAAAGGAACCAUGUACCCAGUGCAUUGAGAUGAAGUGAUCUGCAUGCCUUUUGUGGUCUUUUAAACAUUCUCAUAACACACGCCCUCAAUAUUUUACAUACGGUUUGGGCAUUUCACCAGACACACAACUAUCACCUUUUCAGUAUACAGGUCCUCACUUUGUGACCUACCUGUUUUGCGAUGGCUAACACUUACGACCAGCUCUCUAACAUGGGGCUUCCCAUGUUAGAGUGCUGGUCCAUGUUUGGGGAAUUUUCCCCGAACAUAGAUUUGAGAGAUUCCCUGCUCUGCUGUGCUUGUCUAUGUUCGGGGAAAUUUCCCCGAACAUAGACUUGCACUGGUGCGCAUGUGCCUCAUUUAUCGACCAAUUCGUUUUAUGACUGGGUCGUAAGAACGGAACCCAGGCGGUAAGUGAAAAGCAUCUGUACAUAAUUUUACUUUAGUCUUCAAAAAUUGAAUUAUAUAUAUAUAUUAUAUAUAUAAAGGAACUCAUUAGAAAUAGUGGUGUUCUCCUUCUGAAUGGUUUGCCUUAGGCAGUUUAACUGUUUUCCCAUAAUACUUUGCUUCUCUCCACGUUCUUGUCACUGACACUGUCGUUAACACAGCCACCUCUUCUUCAGUCAUAGCCAUCAAUCUGGAAGUGUUUGACAAGAAAUUGUCCUUACUCACUAUUAAUACAAAAAUAGUGAAUGAUUGAUUUGACAGGUGUACUUAGGUACAUGCUGCGCCAGAGUUUAUAUAGUUUGUGUUGUCGCAGUACGAAUCAGGAAUUUCACCAAUCUUUCCUCAGAGAUUCAGAUUUUAUAAUAUUAGUUAAACACACAGAAAGGUAUUUUGAAAAAAAAUAAAAUAAAAGUACAUAUAUUUGUGCACGGGGCAACAAAAGUCAUAUCUUGUUCUUGAUACAUUCACCAUACAUGUAGAAAUAUACAACAUUCUGUUGUGGUGUGCCGAAACUGAAGUAACGGUAGGCCUGUAAAUAAAGUGGGCCCACCAAGCAGGUAAUUAAAAUAAAAUAAUAAAAAAUAAUAAAUAAAAGGAGGAGUGGUGGGAGGGACACGAGCUGUGCGAUACACAGGCAGAGUCUGGAGAUGCUAGGGGAGUUAUUUUAUCUGCACUAGCCUCUCCCACAACCCCAGGCGACGCCUUUACAUUUGUGCACGGGGCAACAAAAGCUGUAUCUUGGUCUUGAUACAUUUACCAUACAUGUAGAGAUAUACAACAUUCGGUUGUGGUGUGCCGAAACCGACAUAUCGGUAAAUAAAGUGGGCAAAAAGGAUGCAUGCAAAAAUAAUUUAUUCAAUCAGCAAUCAUCAACAUUAUUACAACAUACAAUCUUAAAACGGUAAGUGUUGGUAUGCUUGUCUAAUUUCCUUUCUGGUUGAGGAAUGUAUCGGCAGUAGGCUGUUGAUUUCCACCGUCCCAAUGAUUUAAUAAUAUGGGCAGGAAUGAUCCUAUUGUAGGCUGCAGAAGCAGCACCUGUCCUGAAGGAGUGUCCGGAAUAGUGUAUGGGGUUGAACCCUUAUCUCAUUAAUAGAAUUCUAACAUAUAGCAUGAACUUGCUCAUAGUGAGAAUUGUCACAUGUAAGGCAAGUAAAGGUUGACUUGGAGGUAAGUGUAAGUGGCCUAGAUUUACAUCUAAUGUCUGUGCUGGGCACCAUUUAUUGAACGUGGGGUAAUAAGGGAUUUUUACCAUUUGACCUGGUUGACUGGUCUUGGUGUGUUGAAGAGAAAGUACAUAGUGGUCUUCAUGUUUAAUGAUUUGUGAUAUUUUAAGGCAUGAACCUAAUUCAGAUGCGUUAAUGGUAGUGAAUUCCCUAGGUCUAAGGAACCCAUAAAAAGUUAGUAUAUGGAGGCUUUUAAAGUUUCAUUGGUCUUGGGUUUGAAUGGUGAAGUGUCCAAGAUAUCUUAUAGAGACCUGAAUAAGCUCCCAUUGAUCGGUAACCUCUGAUGUGUUUGUUGUGUACUGCACCUCUGGAUUCCCUUUAAUAUUGUUUUAAUUUGAGAUGAGGAUAAUAAAGUUUCUUUGUUUGGAUGUUUGGAUAUAGUGAAAGCAUGUGAUGUUGUAACCCUGUGCUAUAAUGUCUAAUUGUGUUAUAAGAUAGUUGCAAUUUAAGGUGACAAAAGGAAGUGAAGGCCACCAAAGAUUCCAUGGAGAAAAUGUCUACCACAUUAAAUUCCUUAGUAAAUCUAAUGAAAAUAUUGAAAGCUCUUUUGUAUGACCGUCUUGUGUUGUCAGAUAGAGCACAUUGUGACAGUACUCUGCCAUGCAUCAGUAGUUGGCCUAAUCCAUGAUUAGGUCUUGAAAGGGGCCGAAAUUGCUAUUGGUGAGGCACUGGGGUAUAGCUGGAGGAAUUUCUGAAAACGUAAGCGAGAUAUAUGGUCAGCUGCCGUGUUAUGCAUACCCUGAACAUGUAUACACAAGAUAAAGAAUUGAUGAGUUGCUGCUUACCAAGUCAAGCGUCAAACGAAUCUCAUGAUAAUGAGAGAAGGGGAACGGCCUUUAUUAAUGAUAUGACAUGCUGCCUUAUUGUCAGAAAAACAUUGUACAGUUUGGCCAGACCAGGAGUGGCAGAAAUUCCUAUGUCAGUGUAAUAGGAAAUCUAUGUUCAUCCCCCCUAUUUAUGAUAGUUCCACAAUGCUCUGGUGGGAUUCAGCGGCUUCCACUGGCUUUGCAGCUGUUUGUGGUGACCAAUGGCUGUGGGGCUUUUGGCCUCCCGAAACCGAAGCAUUGGAAGCCUUUAAUCUGACUUCAGCAUUGUUUGAAAUCUAUCCAAUUGUGGCCGCAGUAGGGAUGUGCAUGGGCCAAAUAUUCUGUUAGGUUCGGAAAUUCGGAUAAGUGAAAAUAUUUGUUUGCUUUGGCAAUUCGGACCACUGGCAUUGGGUUCGGUUCGGCACUUAAGAAAUGCAGGACUUCGGCAAUUCGGCACUUCGGCAAUUCGGCACUUCGGCAAUUCGGCACUUCGGACCCUAACCCUUAACCCUACCCCUAAACCCUAACCUACCCCUAACCGUAACCUACUUCGGAACUUCGGCAAUUCGGAACUUCGACAAUUUGGAACUUUGGCAAUUCAGGACUUCCGCAAAUCAGUUCGGUUCAGCAGUUAGGAAAAUUGGCUAUUCGAACUUUGGACAUUCGUAAGCAUCCGAAUUUCACGAAAUUCAUCCGAAUUUACAUUCAGAAUGAAAUUAAGUGCACAUGUCUGCCGCUAUGUUCGUGGGGGGUCUAACUAUGUCAAAUUGGUGCUUGAGGCACCCGUCUGUCAACUCAGUGUUAUGCAGGAAGACAGACCUUGUUAACAGACACUGGUUUAACCCAGAAAUGAAGGACCCACAGCAACGCUGGAACACGAACUGUGCGAUACACAGGCGGAGUCUGGAGAUACUAGGGAAGUUAUUUUAUCUGCACUAGCCACUCCCACAACUCCAGGCUCCGCCUUUACAUAUAUAGUUAAAAGAUUAAAAAGUUAACUGAAACAUUAUAACAACUAGCACAUAAAACCUUUCACUGCAAAGUUAUUAAAAAAUGCAUAAUAUGUAUUUGAAAUCUGGGAUGAAUAACACAUUAAAAUAUGAGAACAUACUCUGUGUAUUGAUUGCUUGAAUGAAAAUGAAACAUGCAAAUUGUGUAAAUUUUCAUGACUUUAUUUUCUUUUUUUCAUUUUAAUAUUUUAUUUUAUUUUCUGAUUCACAUUUUGUUUUAAUUUAUUUUAUUUUCUGAUUCACAUUUUGUUUUAAUAUAUUAAACUUGUACAGAAAGAGUGUGAGUAUAGAUGUGGAGAUAAAACAUUUUUAUGAGACCAGAGCGUAGCGACUGACCUAAACAGACGCUCGAUCAAUGGGCUCCGAGCAUACAAGCGCUAAAACAGCACCAGAGAUGGGAAAAAGUAAUACCCAGGCUAUCUACCAAUAUGUGCCGAAAAACAAAACUGCAGAAGCAGGAUAAGCCCAGGCCCGGUAUGAAUAUCGGAGAUUUUCUUCAGUGGGCACGUGGCGCGUACAGGCCCAAAAUGGAGAAAUACUUGUAGACUUAUACAACAUUCAGUUGUAUAUACAACAUUCGGUUGACUCCUCAGAGGAACGAUUCUGGAUUGAAGCACUGGAGGUAUGACAUCCACCACAACAAGAGACAGACCCACAGACCGGUGUCUCCAAGCCUGUGACCGCAGCGAUGCUUAGAGAGAUGCUAGGUGACCUCCAGAAAAAACUAUAGGCAAAUACGGCCAUGCUCCACGCAGAUCUCACAGGCCUUGUAGGCCACUUAGGAGUGGCGAAGGCCUCCGUAGAGCUACACACUCAGACCAUAACACACCCCUCCUGGCACCAUAUUUACUACCGUGUGCUGCAGUGAUUAUGGUGCAUGGAGAGUCUCUUUAAAUGUCUACAAGCCAUGUACAAUACAUUUAGCUGUAUCUCUGAAUUAGUUUGGAAGGACAUUUUGAUUUCAUCCAUCUUUCAAAAUCUCCGAAUUUUUUAGGAACCCUCGCACUCUCAGGUGAACGAUUACUUGUGCUUUGUAGAUUCCGUGAAAAAUCCAUUGAUAAAUAAAAGUAAGCAUUGGGUUUUACACUUGCUAUUUCUAGUAGCUAACUUAUCAUUACCCAUUUUCUGUCUGUUUAUGGAUUAAACUGCCAUAAACGCCUAUAAAUAUUGUAGCUGUUCUUCAGUUCUUUCUAGACAAGCAAGCGCCAAUCGGUGUUCAAAGUAGCUUUAAUUAUUUAUGUGUUGAUAUCCCAGUGACUCGUGGCUUUUUCAUUAAAAAUCUGUUGUUUUUUUGUUUGAUUACAAAAAAAAAAUACCAGAUUCUUACCAAACCUUUUGUUUCAAAUCCUUGAUUUUAUAUGUCAAGAUAUCUUUUAUUUAAACCUGUGACUGUGUUAGGAAGGGGCAGAUUUUUCUAUAAUUACACUUGGUGUUUAUUCACUAACUGUGCUAUUUAAUACAGUUUGAAUUGUUUGGAAUUUAAAAGGGGAUUCAAAGUAAAUUUCAAAUAUUAGACCAACAUAGCCAAAUUGAAAACAUAAAUGUCUUGGAGAAUGUUUCCUUUCCAGCCCUUGUGGACUAAAAUGUGAAAUUAGUUUUGAAAUCACUUUGAGCUCCUGAAAAUUCACACAUUAUUGAAUGACCUUUUAAAAAGAAAUGUUACUUCCUAUCUAUUUGCAAUUAGAUUUGGAGUUGCAGUUCAGCCCGAAUCAGAAAUCAUUUAAAUUAGGACUGAUUUUGUGUUCGGCAACAUUUUUGAAAUCCAAACUGUACACAAUAAGUGAGAUAUCUUAGUUGAUUCAGAAUUUGGUUUGCCGUGCCGAAUCCUAGUAGCCUUUGCCACAUAGCACUAACUUUGAAUCACUAAUUUAUAGUUUGAGAGUUUUGUUUUUUAUUAAAGGGUUUAGUUUUAGGGCUUAAUUGGCAUUUUCUUCUGGUAUUCUUCUGAUCCGAAAAAUUUACAUUUUCAUCAGUAUCAAUUAAGCCAAACCAAUAAUUUUUUAUUGAUAAAUCUUUAUUAAUUUUUCAUGAGUUCUUUGUAGUAGUAGCGUAAUUUUAUCCAAACAGAUAUAGUAGAUCAUAAACUAAUUAACAACUUUACAAAGACUUACAAAUUUUAAAAGGUUUACAAACCAUUUUUUUUCUGUGCUCAAGUCUGUUCCAUUGUGACCUGUGUUCAAUUCCGAGCUAAAUUAAUAUAUUUUGAAUUGGAGUGAAUUGAACACAGAAUGUUUCAAAAUUUACUUUAUUAGCCUACAUUUCGCUGUUUGGUUUGACAUUUAUGAUGUUUUGUGACCAAACCCCUUAUUUCAGCCCUUAUCUCGUUAUGUUUCACUGUCACCAUACUAAUAACUAUAAAUAAAUUGUUACAUUUCAUUUUGUGACUGGGAGCCAUUCUUCGUAACACAGAUUACCGCUAAAUCCUGUUGUAGUUGCUGUAUUUUUGGGUAGUGGCUAAUGGAUAUUGUACAGGAAGAUCGGUGACCUACAUUGCCCCAACUCAGUCAAUAAUGGGCAAAAACAGAUAGCAAAAACAAGAUGAUCUUUGAAUGCACUGCGAGGUAGAAUGUUCAGUGUGGAGAAUUAAUGCUGUGGUGUGGUCAGCCCUCUAUAGAUCUUUCACUUACUAUUUAAAAAUGCAGUGAGUUUUGUGUGAGGUUAAUCAGCUGCUUCUCUGUUGAUUUGAUACAUAAUUCUUUGAAAUAAAAACAUAGACUAGAUAAGUAUUCACUAAACCCAGAUAAAUAUGUCACGAAAGCCAUUGUUUUAAAACAGUUGGGAGCCCUCAAAUCCACCGUCUGCACAUUAUGUUGAAUUCAAGAUGUGGAUAAAACGCAGACCUCAUUUUUUUGUUAACUUUAGAUUUAUUUUAUGUUCGCAGAAAAUACAAAAAACAACUUAAAGAUUAUUAUACUUCCCGUAUGUUUUGGACUUUAAUCUUCCUUUAAGUACUCCUAAAUACUUUUUAAACUGCUUGGGGUUUAUACAGUCCAUGUAGGAGAUGACAAAAUGUUGGUUAUGAAUAGAAAUAUUUUAGCAGCUAUAUUAUUUUUCCUGUAUUUUACUUUUGUGAUUUGCCAUGUAAUUUUGUCUACAUUGUUUCUUUUGUUGAACAUUAGAAAUGCAAUUUUAUGUUUAUUUUUUUCAUUAUUAUUAUUUUUUUUUUUUGCAAUGGCAGUCAGGAAGAAAUUGCUGUUAUUUAGCUAUUAUUGAAAAUGUCUACAUUGGGUUUUUUUUGUGUCUAGAUUGCUUAUCUCAGAAAAUAAUGACUUUAUUUCCCCUUCCCAUCAUGUUGAAUAUUAAUUAUUUUCAUCUUGUUUAGGAUACAAAACAUUACUGAAAGGAAUCUCUGGAAAAUUCAGCUGUGGCGAGCUUGUUGCAAUCAUGGGCCCUUCUGGAGCAGGGAAGUCCACGCUAAUGAAUAUAUUGGCAGGUUACAGGUACGUGUUAAAUACUGAAUGAACAGAUACCACUACUGUACUUCAACAAGACAUGCUUCAGUCAGGAAUGGGACGUUUUUAACCACGGGGGGCAAGACAACACAUGAUCCACAGUUCAAUAUCUCUAUAGAGUGACUAGCCUUGUACUUUUAUAUCUUUACCCCUCAUUUAUAGAAAGCACACAGAAGACAUAUGCAUUGCUAUUUACUAGAGUGAGACUUCAAAGUAAAUUUUUCUGAAAAAAUGACUUUCAAACUUAAGGUAAAAACAGCUGAACUGGAAAACUUCUCUUAGUCCGCUGUACUUUUUGUCCCGCUACUCUGGCCUUACAUUUUUGAGCCUUAUCUUAGAUGAACAGGAGUUCUCCCACUGGGUAUUUAACUAUUUUAUUGUGUUUACCUUCCAGAGAGACUGGUAUGAAGGGAGAAGUUCUCAUUAAUGAGCAGCCUCGUGACUUGCGAACAUUCCGAAAAGUAUCCUGUUACAUCAUGCAAGAUGACAUGCUCUUGCCUCAUCUCACGGUCCAGGAGGCCAUGAUGGUACGGCCAAUGAGUGUGUUGCUUACCUAAUAAAUAAAUGUUAAUAGGGGGCAGUUAGAUACCUGACUGAAAUAGUUACUAUUCCUUUUUGCCAGUUAAAUAAAGCAUUUAAUAAGGCAUAUUGUCAUAUUGUAUUUUAUGUCAAUACACUUGAUAUAACCAAUGAGAUAGUUCAGUUGGUUAAUUUACUGAAUGAUAUGUAUAUAGGAUCGGUGCUAGUAUAUUUAAUCUUUUAGACCAAUCUUAAAGUAUAUUCUAAUGAACAUGAAUUUGUCUUACACUCCCUGAUCAAUUAGCUGUUUUAUUUUAUUCCGUGAAAAAAUAAGUAUACUAACUAAAAAAGGCUUGCAGGGUAUUUCACAAUAAAAGUUAUUGUUGGUUAGUAAGAUAGAGUGUAUUUUUUCUUCUGAAGAACGUAACAAGAGUUCUUAUUAAACUAACAGUGAAUUGAAAAUGGAAUUGCAAAAUUUAGGUCAAACUAGGGAGUUGGAGAUUUUAGGAGAUUUUUGCUGCUGUGUUGUUUUGGCUGAGAUUUUGUUACUCUAACAUAUUUGUGAACAAACUCCAAGGGGGCAGGCCUCUAUUUCAGUAUUUUCUAUGAUGAGCCGACAGAUACAGAAUACGUGUAUGGCGAGAGGCUGGGACUAUCAAACAUUUUAGUGGCAGCGUUUAAUAUAGUAUGGAAAUAGUUAUAACUGGGUUUUUUUUUAACUUGAUGGCUCUGUAAAUAACUAUGCAGUGGUUAUGGUUAUUGGAGUGUUUCUUUAAAUAAUUCUCCAUGCUUAGCCUAUACUAAAGUGGUUCAUUCAUUAUGAUUACUUUUAUUGCAGCUGUGAACAUAUAAUUAUUUUAUGGCAGCCUCACCCGAGAUUGUGCCUGUUAAAUGAUCGCCUUGCAGUAUGCUUUUUUGUCUAAAUUUAAAGGGGGGGGGAGGUGGUAACAUUUCCCAGACACACACAAACAGUUAUCGAUAUUUAACGCAGAAUCUCAUUAUUUCUGUUUGAGUGCAGUAUGACGAUACUCCCCCCCAGUGCUUCACCUCUGGGAAUUUUGAGUCUUUUCCAAACUAUUUGGGCUGACGUUAUUCAUACAUAAUGGGUCUCCAAAUAUACUCAGCCAUAUAGAAUUACUGCGAGUUGCGUGCAGUCACUGGAGUGAGAGAGCUUAACUAGUCAGUGUGCCCAAUAACCCGCAGCUUACUGUGAUAAACUUAAAAAAAUAUCAGGUCAAGGUUAGAAACUAAUUUUUCACCCUAGUAUCUACAACCCCCAUAAGGAAAUAUUUGCGUUACAGCGUCUUCAUUUUACAGAAGAAAAUGUCCCUCAUCUAGAUCAGCACAAGCCAUCUUUUCAUAGCCAAAGCCCUUCCCCCUUUAUGCAAACGUCCCACCAACACUUAAUUUGUCUUUUAGGGGUUUGGUACUUUUGUAAACCCUGCUACAGGGUCAAAGUUGUAUAUUUUUUCAAAUGCUUUUCAUAGUUCAAUGGAGCAGAAGGAAAAAGAGACAAGCUUGAGGAUGGUUAGCCUGUCCUUGCAAGCAUUGCAAACUGUUUAGAGGGGAGACACCAUUUUUCUUAUAAUCUUCACACAAAAAAUCUGUUCUUAGUUGAGGAGCGUCUUAAUGUAUAACUUUAGGGGUGUUAUGGACCAAUAAAUGGUUUUAUCAGGCAAUUAAUGUGUUACUUUAAUAUUGCAUCAUAGGUUUCAGCGCACCUAAAACUCCAGGAAAAGGAUGAAGGCAGAAGAGAAAUGGUAAAUGUCAUACUUAUUAUAUGAUGCCAAUAUAAAAGAAAAACUUACAACUAUAUAGCCCAAAAAUUUUUUAAAUUCCUGCGCAUGUAAGUGGCCCCCUACACCACGGGGCCCAGUGAACCUUAGCCUUAUGUUCACAGUGGCCUGGGCCCCAUGCACACACGGUAAGGGAGGGGAAUUACACUUAAAAAAAUAAAAUGUAAAAAAAAAUAACAUGCUGCUCCCCUCACUGACCCUGCAAAACUAAGACGCUACCCUACUCCACAAACUCUCUCUUACACACACUACACAUACAGAAAGACACAAUGCAUCCCACACACACACAGAAACACAAAAUGGAUCCCUUACACACACACACACACACACACACAAACACACACACUACAUCUCUUACAAACAUACAAUGCAUCCUUCACACACACACACACAAACACACAAUGCAUACCAUACACGUACACAGAAGCAAACACACACGCACACACGCACACAGAAACACACAGUGCAUCCCUUACACACACACAGAAAUACACAAUGUGUCCGUUACACAUACACACACUGCAUCCCUUACACAGAAACACAAACAGAACUGAACAAUGCAUCCCUUACACACACAGAAACACAUAAUGCAUCCCUUACAUUUAGACACAGAAGCAAAUAUUGCAUCCCUUACACUCACAAACAAACACAGAAACCACACGAUGCAUCCUUUACACACACACACACACACGACACAAGCACACUUCAUCUCAUAUACACACACUACAUACCCUACACACUAGGAUCCAUAUACACUACACAAGCACACACAUAGAGCUGCAUGUAAUGUCCCAUAAUGUUAUUUCUGAUAUUUAUGCUGUAUGAAACAUAUUUUACCAGUACAUGUUAGACAUUUCUACAGAUAGAUAUAUUGUUUUCCUUGCUUCAGGUUAAGGAGAUCUUAACAGCACUGGGCUUGUUGCCAUGCGCUGACACAAGGACCGGGUGUCUUUCUGGGGGUCAAAGAAAGCGUCUCGCAAUUGCUUUGGAGUUAGUCAAUAAUCCCCCAGUUAUGUUCUUUGAUGAACCAACAAGGUAAGUUACAAUUCAAAGUUAUGAUAAACAACACAGUCUAAAUUUACAACAUGUGCAAUAUGCAGUGACAUCAGUAGGGUAAAGUCCCUCACUCUCAUUUUUAGCAAGAUAUGUGCACAAUGAGAACAUUUGGUUCUACUGAAUUAUGUAUUCCUGAAAAUAUUUUUUUGGGGGGGAGGAGGGACAGCAAAAGUUUAAGAAAAUCAGCGGACCGCAAAAUCUAUAGAUAAUAUAAUUAUUAUGUAUAUAUUUUCCAUUACAUGGGUAGAAGCAUUUUCCCACCUUUUUUUGUUCACUGAUCAAGUGAGAAAAAGUAUACAUUUGUAUAUGAUAUAUUUAUUAAACAUAUGUUAUGUAAUUAGCGAUUUGUUUAAUUGCUCCUCCUAUCUUUCCUGCUGUUGAUCACUUGUCACUUCAUCUGAGAAUAAAAUCAACAUUUAGUGACUGUCCCCAAGCCAUCAAUUAUCAUUAUUUCCCAAACAAUCAUAUCUAUUGUUGGCUCGACAAAUCAAAACAAACAUGCUCAGCCAAUGAGCAUUUCGGUUUGGUUUGGGAUUCAGCUACAUUUCGGCUCAGAGUUCGGAAAUUCGUCCAAACACUUGAUCUUCCCAAAUUCAGACGAAUUGCAGUCCAGACCAAAAUUAAUCAAGGUCAUGUGCAAGCUUUAAAUAUCCCCAAUUCUAUGAGAUUCAGCUGCUUUUUUCAACAAUUUGGUAAGAUUGUCAACAGUGUGGACUUUGAUAAUAACUAUGUCCAAAAAAUGGGCAAUAAACCAGGCAUUCAUUCUAACAGAUUACUAAUUGUCCAUGAGACUCCAAGCCAUCUAGAUAGUAAGUUCAAUAGUAGCUCUGUGGAACAUUUAGUGACAUAGAUUUGAUUUCCAAGUAGUCUGGGAUUUCUUCAGAUGCAAGUUAUGAAGUUCUAGCUCAAUUGUUUAGAGAAGUUCCUACUAACAGCAGGCUCGUAUCCCUCCUUCAGUGGCUUGGACAGCUCGUCUUGUUUCCAGGUGGUUUCCUUGAUGAAAUCAUUGGCCCAAGGAGGCAGAAAUAUCAUCUGUACUAUUCAUCAACCCAGUGCCAAAUUGUUUGAAUUAUUCGAUCAGGUCAGUAUUUCCUUCAGUUCUUUCCAAGUAUAUAAAAAUAAAUAUCAUGUUAAUGUGAAAGAGAAUAUCUGCUAUGUUAAUUGGCCGGGGGGUGGCGCAGAUUGCAUAAUAAAAUAAUAAUAUCCUUGUUUUGUUCUUCUACGUAUAAUUUGUACUUGAGUUUCUUGAACUAAUUUGAGAAUAGUGAUGUCCUGAACGGUUCGCCGAACGGUUCGCCGCGAACGUUUCGCCACGGACUCAUCAUUGAGUAAACUUUGACCCUGUACCUCACAGUCAGCAGACACAUUCCAGCCAAUCAGCAGCAGACCCUCCCUCCCAGACCCUCCCACCUCCUGGACAGCAUCCAUUGUGAAGCUGCAUUCUUAGUGAGCUGUCCAGGAGGUGGGAGGGUCUGGGAGGGAGGGUCUGCUGCUGAUUGGCUGGAAUGUGUCUGCUGACUGUGAGGUACAGGGUCAAAGUUUACUCAAUGAUGAGUCCGUGGCAAACCGUUCGUGGCGAACCGUUCGCGAACCGUUCGGUGAACCGUUCGGGACAUCACUACUUGAGAACAUGAGCGAAAGAAAAAAAAAGAUUAGUUUUAACCAUUUUUUUUAGAUUUUUUUGCACAAUUUGGAUACAGAAAGCAAGUAGAAGAAGGGUAGUUUUAAAGAUACACCAAUUUUUAUUCUUUUUUAUUUGCAAAGGGCACCUGUCUAUACCCCACUUGUCACUGCCAUGGCUAAAUAUCGAGAAAUAGGCAUCAUAGGAGGCCCACUGCAAAUGGAAACUGGAAGACGAUAAUAAUGUCUUAUGUUGUUCAGGUCAGCACUGAAGAAUAUGUUGGCACUAUAGAAAUAAUUAAUUGUAGUUGUUGUAGUAAUUUUCAAGGAAAUUAGGACUUAGAGGUUUGUCUGUAAUUUCUAAUACUUAGUAAUAGCCGUUCAACAUAGUUCAAAGUGCUUUGGCCAAAAGUGCCUUCUCGUUUGUAAUGAAGGAGCCUGCAUAAAGAUUUAAUGACAGCAUCUUUUUUUCCCCCAACUGGCCAUAUAGGGGGUCCAAUGCUUAUAGAGGACGGUAGAACCAUGGUAAAAGUAUUUGACACGGGAGCUGUUUGUCACGUGAUUUCCUUAGGUUGAAUCAAAAAAAGCAAAGCUUAUGUACUAAAAGAAUUAUUGUUUUACAAGACAGUUAGAAAACAGGGAUAUAAACAAACAUCCCUAUCUUAAAAAUUGGAUUAAUUAGAAAAGAAAAACAUACAGACUGACUUAAAAAUAAGGUUUUUUUUUAUAUGCAAAAAAAAUUAAAAUAAUUUAGAAAAUGACAAAAUUUGGACUGUAUGUAAAACACUGAAUCAUUAACUACAAGUUUUAUCUGUUCUUGCAUAACCCUUUAAUAGCAUACAGCACUGAAUAAAUUAAGCUCUGUAGCACAGAAAUAAAUAGACAAUUAAAACAUGGUAUAAUUAUAACAUGCAGUAAGGGUAUGUUUAAACUUAGAAGAUAUAAUGUUUGUUCAAAUGAAACAUGUGAAGUCUGCUAUGUAUUUAAAUAUACACUUGUAAAUUAUUAUGUUCUAAUAUGUAUCAUAUUAAUGUAUUGAAAAAGCACACACCAUACACAUAGUGGGGUUCUAUAUGUCCCUUGAAAAUGAAUAUUGAUCUGAAAAUAAUAAAAUAAUCAAGUGCUCAGGUAUCUGACAGCAACGAAAUGGUUAAUUCACCCAAACAAUUUUAAUGUUAUAAUUGUUUUCAUGUAACGCCAGCACAGGUAUAAUAUUUCCCUCUCUAAAAUUCCUUUCUUGUUCUGCCUUUUCAAACAGCUUUAUGUUUUAAGCCAAGGACAAUGCAUCUACCGUGGGAAAGUGUCGAAUCUCGUCCCUUACCUACGGUUCUUGGGAUUAAACUGCCCAACAUACCAUAAUCCCGCAGAUUUCAGUGAGUACCGUGCCUAUCUAAAGCUACCUCUUGGUCCUUAUUUUUGGACUAUUUUAGAUUGGAGAAAUACUUCGCUUUAUAAUAUUUAUGUAUUUGUUGAAGAAUGUUUACUAAAAGACAUCUGGGGUCGUUGCAAAUAGUAGAUAGCGUGCACAAUCUGGAGGCAAUAUUUAGUUUUCUGAUAUUUUUGGAACUGUACCCUUGGUACAUUGGUGUCACCAUCUGUGAUUGUUUGCAAAAUAUCUCGGAACAUUAAAUAACCUAUAUUAAAUAAAUCCUAUGCAUUCUGUAAGAAAUGCCAGUGUCUACCACAUUAUAAGAUAAAAGAUAAAAGCCGCCUCUCCAACUUCAAAAAAUAUUGUGAUGAACUUGUAUCGAAAAGCAGGGAGUAUUGGUGAAAAAUGCAGACAAAUUGUAAAUCAUUUAAAUAAUCCAGCAUUGUAGGAUAAUGAGAAGUGACUUUAAGGGAGGUUUUGUUGUGUUGAUUACCUGAUUUUUUUUAUUUAUGGAUAACCUUGUUGGUUUAUUGGCUGUCAGUGGUCACAUCACUGCUUUAGAACCAGGAGAUAAAAUCUGGGUCACAGCACCCCACCAGUCAGUGUCCCUGGGCAAAACACCUAAUGAUAUAUAUCCACAUACUUCAAACCUUUAUAGAGUGUAAGUUUGUUUAGACAGGGCCUUCUUCACCUCUUGUCUCUGCAUGUCAAUUGUAAAAUUAUAUUUGUAAUGAGCUGCGGAAUAUGGUAGCGCUAUAUACAUGUGUAUAAUAAAAAAUUAUGGGCAUUACAUUCUCUGCACACUGCCUGUGAGAUGUGACUUUUCAUAGGUAAAGCAUGUUCUGCAUAAUUAUUCUUUGUGAAACUUGGGAUCAUCACAUAUCUGGAAACUACAAAAUGUAGAUAAAAACAGCAAAGUAUUAGCGCUAUUUGAAUAAUAUGUAUUUUUUAAUCUCUGUAUAUGUCAAAUUUAGAUAGCUGCUGUAUCACUGUGAUUAUCUUUUAGACAGAAAUGUUAAGAAUAGAAAGGAGUACCGGUCUCCUUUCUAUCUGGAAACUACGUCUAGAUUGUGCCCCUAAAGGGACAGAUUACGUUUAAUUAAAGGGACACUAUGGGCAUCAACACAAGUUUAGCUUAAUGAAGCAGGUUUGGUGUAUAGACCAUGCCUCUGAAGUCUCACUUCUCAAUUCUCUGCCAUUUAGGAGUUAAAUCCCUUUGUUUAUGCAGCCCUAGUCACACCUCCCCUGGCUGUGACUGAAACAGCCUGCAUGGAAACAAAAUGGUUUAAUUUUCAAUCAGAUGUAACUUACUUUGCACGUUUUUAUCUCUUGAUACGUAAAUUUUACUUUUUUAACAUUUUAACAUUUAACAUUUUGAAGGCUCUCACAUGGUACAGCAAGCUAUUAACAGAGCAGGAGAUAAGAAAUUCUAAAUUAAACAGAAUUUGCAAUAAAGUUAGUGUAAACAUUAGUGAACUCUUUACAGGAAGUGUUUAGGAAGGCUGUGUAAGUCACAUGCAGGGAGGUGUGCCUAUAUUUUCACUCAAAAACGGCAGACAAUUUAGCAGUGAGACUGCAUGGGCAUGAGUUAUACACUUUAACUGCUUCAUUAAGCUAACAUUGUUUUGGUGACUAUAGUAUCCAUUUAAAUCACUUUUGUUUCUGUUUAUGAAGCCCUAGCCAAACCUCAUAUUGCUGUAACUCACACAGCCUUCAUGACACAGUAGUUACAUUUUUAAUUAGAUGUUAGCUUGCUUUGGGAGUUUUUAUAAUCUAAGAGGCAAUAAACAGAGCAGGAGAUGUAUUCUAAAUUAAACAGAAGGUGCAAUAAAGGAAGUUUAAACAUUAGAUUUCUUAAGAAGACUGCAAGUAAAAUGAAGGGAGGAGUGCUUAGGGCUGCAAAGUGAUUUAACUCCUAAAUGGAAGAGAAUUGAGCAGUGAGACUACAGGGGCAUGAUCUAUACACCAAAACUACUUUGUUAAACUAAAGUUGUUUUGGUACCUGUAGUGUCCAUUUAAUUAAGGUUUAAAAUGCCCCCUGCAAUGCAUAGUCACAAAAACAUUGUUUCAGGGCAAAUCAGAGCAACUAUAGUAAGAUGGUGUAUAAUAACUCAUACAUUAUUAUUUUGUUUUCUUUAUUAUCCCCAUUAUUUACAUCAUUGUUAGUCCUUUAAUUUUUAUUCACUCCUAUACAUUUCAUUUCUCGUUAAGUAAUAUAUUCUAUACCUUGCUAAUAUAGAAUAUCUCUCGGUGUAAAGCAAAAGCUACCAUUGUGAUAUCAGUGGUAGAAAGAUAUUACCUUUGGCACUGCAGCCCCACUGCAGUCUUCUCUGCAAAACAUUGUUUGUCAUGGCUGUCUCGGAAUCAUGGGAAACUAAGAUGAGAACUGCAGUGCUUGUUUGCCAAACCUUGAUCUAUGGAGUCAGCUCACCCUCUGCUGGUUAAACUGCUCAGUGCAGGAUUUCUGUAUUUACUUGUAACAUUACGAUAUGUAGUUUUACUAGAAUAUUACAGGACCCGAUUGUAAGGCUUGUAAAUUUUUUAAGCUUUUUAUAAAAAAAAGUUUCUGGUAUUGAAGUAACCUUGACGUACGUGCUUGGAUGACUGGACAUUGAUUGCUCAAGUGCUAGACAGAAAGUGAAAAGGCUAAGUGCCCAAACCUCAAUAAAUAAAACCCCCAAUAUCUAAACACAGACAUUGGCUUUUUGUUGCCCCAAUAUAAAUUUCCCCCUUAUUGGUAUAUAUCUAUACCCCAAGUACCAAUGACACAACACACUUACUGCUCUGCUGCUCCCUCCUGCCCUCUCUAUAGCUGCUAGGGAGGUGGAGACUAACACCCAAAUAGUAAUGUCCUAAGAGACACCGAACAGCUCUUUUAUAACCUUGUUUUCUGAUCAGUUAAUUUUGUUUUCUCAUGUGGUUAAUGCUGCUAUGGAGAAAGUACAGCAAAUAGGAAGCAUCCAGUCUAGCUGUGAAUGCUAAAUUAGCAAAACCAUCAGCAAACCAGUUGUUACUCUCUGUGUGGUUUUAACAAGAAUAGCCCCGGCACGGUAAAACUGUCUCUAGGCAACCUUGGAGCUUGACAUUUCGCUUUAUUUCAGGUAUUCCCAUUGGAUGAAACUGUAUUCAGAUAGUCUUGGAUUUGCAUAAGAGUGUAGUGAUACAUAUUUGGAUAGGGAAUAUUUAUAAAGGGAGAGGCAGCAGGAAAGGGAAUCAUGUGAUCAAAAUCAGCCGUUGGAAAUUAAACAAAAAAAGGUAUUUAUUACCAACCAGUAACAUUUGGUUAUGUAGAAACACGUGUCACAUACUGUAGCAUAUCAAACAUAGAUCUCGAUUUAAUACGCUUUCCAAUUGAUGCAAUACAGUUAGCAAAUAAUUGAAGCUGAUUUGUCUACAAACAUUCCCGUCGAUUUUCAUGGUGACUUAGAUAAAUUGUUUGGAACGUUUUUCUCACUAUAUUGAAUCAUUUGGAAAACGUAUUAAAUUGGGGCCAUAUUUUCUCUAUGGCGAUAAUUCUCCUUGCAAGGGUCAACUUCAUCAUAAUUUUAAUUAAAGAAUAAGGAACAAAUAUUUUCGUACAACUUCCAUAACUCAAUCCUAUUCGAGCUACACCCCAUAACGUCUUUUGUAGUUAUGCUAAUUUACCUGUGGAACAAUUAAAUGUGAAAAGAAAUAGUCUUUCAUCCCACAAUGCCUUUACUAUAUCAGCUGUUUAUUUUCCAAAAUGUGUUAGAAAUGUAGAAACAUAGACACACAGAAUGUGAUGGCAGAUAAGAACUAUUCGGCCCAUCUAGUCUGCCCAAUUUUCUAAAUACUUUCAUUAGUCCCUGACCUUAUCUUAUAGUUAGGAUAGCCCUAUGCCUAUCCCACGCAUUCUUAAACUCCCACACUGUGUUAACCUCUACCACUUCAGCUGGAAGGCUAUUCCAUUUAUCCACUACCCUCUCAGUAAAGUAAUACUUCCUGAUAUUUUUAAACCUUUGCCCCUCUAAUUUUAGACUAUGUCCUCUUUUUGUUGUAGUUUUUCUUCUUUUAAAUAUAGUCUCCUCCUUUACUGUGUUGAUUCCCUUUAUGUAUUUAAAUGUUUAUACCAUAUCCCUACUGUCUCGUCUUUCCUCCAAGCUAUACAUGUUAAGUUCCUUUAACCUUUCCUUGUAAGUUUUAUCCUGCAAUCCAUGAACCAGUUUAGUAGCCCUUCUCUGAACUCUCUCUAAAGUAUCAAUAUCCUUCUGGAGAUAUGGUACUGCAUACAAUACUCCAAAUGAGGUCUCACCAGUGUUCUGUACAAUGGCAUGAGCACUUCCUUCUUUCUUCUGCUAAUACCUCUCCCUAUACAACCAAGCAUCCUGCUAGCAUUUCCUGCUGCUCUAUUACAUUGUCUGCCUACCUUUAAGUCAUCAGAAAUAAUUACCCCUUAAUCCUCAGAUAUUGAGGUUAGGCCUGUUAGACCUGACAUGAUUGUAUGUACCUCUGCAUAUCAUUUGAUAAGUUAUAGAGUAGCGAUACAUCAUCACGGUAACUUUGUUACCCAGAACUGAUACAGUUUAUGAUAUUUUCCAGUAAUGGAAGUUGCCUCUGGGGAAUACGGAGAACAGAAUCCACGUCUUGUCCGAGCCGUACAAGAUCACGUGCCUGAAACAGAACAAAAGAUGGACCAUUGUGGAGACGAGUUAAACCCUUUCAUGUGGCAUAAGCCAUCUGAUGAGGUAAAUCAAUCCGUUGCCUACUCAUUCUGCACAAAAAUAAACGUUAUUCUGUAACUCAGGGAAUGGUGGAAAUUGUAAGCAUUGUGGGGCACAGAGUGGACAACCUUCCAUGCCCAUAUGUCAAAUACUGAAUAAUUUAUAUAUAGUUUGUUUCUACAUAUUCUGAUAGAACACAUCAUCUAUUUGCCUGACAGAGUUCAUCUCUGAUGUAAUUUUGAAUUUGUACAAUUUUCUCAAACUAAUUACGUAAACUGGAGUUUAAAUGGUGUCCAUUUUUCUGUGAUGAUUCUAAAUAAAAAGAAUCAUGCCACAUAACUGUGCGUAUAUUACUUUCAGGACUCCUCACCCACUGAAGGCUGCCAUAGUUUUUCUGCCAGUUGCCUGACUCAGUUCUGUAUCCUGUUUAAGAGGACAUGCCUCAGUAUUAUGAGGGACUCGGUAAGUCACAUUACCCAUACUGUUCUAAAGAUAAGACAAAAUGUAUUCUGUCCCAUGGCAAUGCAAGCUUGUUUUUAAGGAACAAUCCAGGCUAGCUUUAACUUUAAUUUAUUUUUAAUUCCUUAGUAGAUAACACAUUAAAAAUAUACAAAUAUGUCUGUAGAGUCUGUAGUGAGCGCUCAUCAAACCAGGAAGUUAAAUUACAUUGAUUGUCUGCACAUUACUGCAAAAAAUAAAAUAAAAAAAAUGAUGGGAUGGAUGGAUGGAUAUCUUAAAAGUGGGCAAAUGAAAAGGAAGAGGCAGCAUAUGACUAAUUAUGUGAUAAAUCAUAAAAUAUGUACUAUAGCAUGCAGUAAAUCACUGCAAAAAAGAACAUAUGGCAUGUGACAUGUAUGACUGUCCAACACCAGUUAAGUAACUAGUUAAGCAAUAUUAUUAAUAAUACUAUAAUAAUAUACAAUGUGUGGGCUACCUCCGAAUUCCCCAUUUGUAUGUAGCAGAGAAUUCCAUUAAAAAGUGAAUUACAUUUUUCCAUGUCUAAUAUAUAAUGGUGUCCUAUAAUAUUCAUAUAUUCAGACAUUUACUCCUGGAAAUGUCCCGUAUUCUGUAAGAAAUGCCACCAUAUUACAGCAGGUUGUUUGUACACAGUGGAAUGUUAAACCACUUUACUACUAGAAUCCAUUAUACAUGUUUUAUUAUCCUGUAUUUUGCAGUAUGAAAUUUUGUACAUACAGCUUCACUCACCUUCAUUUGUACUAUAUGAAUGAUUACCAGCCUGUAGAGGAAUUAAUGUAUUUUAUAAAAUCCACUAAUUAUUGGCAUUAUGCCUGCAAAAUUGCUAAAAAAAAAAAAGUCAGAUUUACCCCUGCUUUCAAACAGUACAGGACGUUUCAAUGGGUCAUAUCAUUCCUGCAGUCAGGGAGGAGUAGGAGUGAUUGAACUCUACCAUUUUCACUGUUAGUUUUACAUUAGCAUUCCAAAGAUUGGCCAUGACUGCUGUAGCAGUUUUAAAUAUCUUUGUUAUAUUUCUUUUUUUAUUUAAAUGUAAUUUACAUUAAAACAGAAUGCAAUGUGCUCUUUUAAUAACCUGCUAUUUGGCUAAAAGUGAUACUUUUUUAAUUGACACAGUUUUGUUUUAGUCAGUAUUUAUCACAGAAGUGCAAAUAUUUUCACUAUCUUUGUGAUGAAUGGUUAAGAUGCAAAUAACGAAAAUUAGAUGUAACAAUCGUUACUGCAUUUUUCACAUACCAUUCACUUUUGCUAAUUUUUUUUCCCAAUUUGAAUUACAAUGGAAUAGAAUUAUUAAAAAGACAAAAAUAAAAACAACACAAACCAAUAAAUCUUUUUUUACAUGUGAUUCUGUUAUAUAUUAUCCACACAAAACAAGCCUUAACACUAAACAUAUGCAGGAAUCUGGAUACUUAGCACAAUUAAUGAUUCACUUCUCAUGGGAUUCCCCACUCCUGAUAUAGCAAAUAUAUACAAAUUAUUUUUUUAAAUACACCCAACUUAAAAAGUAACAAAGACAAAACCACAUAGUAUAUAACUGCUUAGGUGAUAAAGCCCAAUCUGAGUAAUAUAUUGUACUCACAAACCACUGAGUGGAACAAGCAUAUAGAUAGAUCUCAAAUCAUCUUGUAAGGCUCAAAUCAGUAUGGAUCAAAUCAGUAUGGACAGAUGUCACACUAAAAAUAAACUAUACAAAAGAUGGUGCAGAACGUUCUCCAUUCCACACAAAAAAAAUAUUUUAUUGCACUUUUAUAAAAAAUCCUCUUUAAAAUAUUCAGAUUUUGAGGAACAAUCUAAAUUAAAAAUAAAAAUACUAGUGGAAAAAAGUAAGACUGGAAUAUAAUAGCAAAAGUUAUUAGGUAGGAAAAAAAAUCUAGAGAGGUUAAAAAUUACAACAAUGAAGCUUUUUAAUUUCUGUUUAUCACACAAUUUAAUUGUCAACAUACAAAAAUUAAACUAGUGUUCAAAAAGUACUGGAACAUCCUAUUACAGGACUCUAUACUAGAUAAGGAACUACCAAUUACCCACCAAUUGUUUUUUAAAAAGCUAAAAAUUUUCAAAUGUCAUUAGCUGCAAGCUAGGUUAGCUGUAUCUCUGUUUGGUCAGUAUAUAAUAAUAACAUACUGUUUUACAUUGUUUUUCUUUUUUUUUAGGUGCUCACCCAUUUACGGAUCAUGUCACAUAUUGGGAUUGGAAUCCUGAUUGGAUUAUUAUACCUAGGCAUUGGGAAUGAAGCUAAGAAGGUCCUCAGUAAUUCUGGAUUCCUCUUCUUUUCCAUGCUCUUCUUAAUGUUUGCUGCUCUAAUGCCGACUGUCCUAACAUGUAGGUAUUAUAUAGAAUACUCAGAAUGUAGGAGUACCAUAUAUCUAACUCCAAUACCAAUGUAUUCAUUUUAACUAAAGUUUUUAUUAGGAAUGUGCGCUUGUGACUCACACACAGAAGGCAACACUACGAUUUAUUAUAGGGAAAGAAAAUCUAAAUUAAGGUCCUAAGAGGUAGAUCACCAAAUGUUUUAAAACUGGAUUUCAAUAAUGUUUUGUCUAUUCCAAAUAAUGGCAAAGUAUCAGGGCAGCUGUAAUUCCACAUCAUAUUGGGAUCUACCUCUUGUACACACUCAAUCUAAGCAUCCUGAUUCAUAAAUCCAUAAAAUUGCAAAAAAAACUAUGUGGUCCAUUUCGAAGAAAUGUUUACAGAAAAAUAUCAUAAAAACAAUUACAAAACUGUUUAACUUUAUAAUAUUAGUGGCUGUACAUGUCUCCAAUAAUGUAACCAUAAACUUUUCACAAACCUAAUUUGCUCUAUUUUCUUUGUUAACAGUUCCACUAGAAAUGGGAGUAUUCCUCAGAGAACAUCUGAACUACUGGUACAGUCUGAAGGCAUAUUACCUAGCUAAAACUAUGGCAGAUGUACCCUUUCAGGUAAACAUUUGUCUGAUAUCGAGCUGACUCUGUAUUUUCUUGUUUAUGAUUCAAUGUUAUCCAUUUAUUCAUGUGAAUAUAACUGUGGUAUAUAUCAGUCAUAUUGAAGGAGGGAUUAGCAGAGAUAGUAGGCAGGCCACUCAAAAAAUAAAGCCUUUUCAGUUGCUCUCACAAAUGCAAAUAUAUUGUUAAUAGCACUUAUACAUAUACACACAGAGGUACAGAUACAUGAUGAAAUAUUGUUUACUAUUAGUGAAUAUAUAUUAGAAGAAAACAAAGGAAGGCGGAAACUGCAAUCACUUGGUAAAUAAUUUAGGUCUCAAUUUAGUAUUGUUGGUUUAGCUUUCCAGAUGAUUUAAAAUCUAUAAAUUGCUUAUAUGUCAUGCUCAGAGGCAGUAAAAAUCAUAUGUACCUGCUUUUGUCAGUCUGCAGAGUAAGGCAACUGUCUCAUUAAAAGCUAAAGUUGCCUCAGGGGGAUGCAUGUCCCUUUAAAGAGUCUUAGUUUCUUAAUUGGGUUGAACGUUCAAAGCCCCAAAAUUAUGCUCAGCUAAGUCUUCUGAGAACAACGAUACCCCCAAUGAAUGUCUUUGGCACUAUUUCGUGAAGCUACAGUGCCAUAUACGAGACCUGUCCAUUUCAGUAUUUACAGUAGAAUUUUGAAAGACGGAUUUAAUGGGCCUAUGCUUCAAUUUGGGGCGCUAUAGUAGUUUGGCUGUUCAAAAAACCACAAAGGCCUACCAUUUCUUAAAGUAGACACCCCAUGGUAUUUCAAAAGACAUAAUUUAAACCUUAGCGUAGGAUCAUUUUUUUGCUAGUUUGUACCAAGUCUAGUAGCAAUUAACAUUUUUUCUUUUUUUUUUGACACACCCAUGUUACUGUAUAUUUUGCAAUUCUUAUGUGUGCUACGGCAGUAUAACACCUAAUAUGUUGCUAAGCUAUGUCGUCUUAGUACAACAAUACUCCUAUGUGUACCUUUUUCAGGGAUAAGUGGAUGUUAAAGGGGCACAUUGGAGGCACACCACUGUCAUAUUUUUCAAAAGUGGAUGCUGGGCCCAAGUCUCAUUUUAGAAGCUCAGGAUUGUAAAUUACCUCUCAAAGGCCACAUCUAUUUUUAAAUAUAAGCAGCUCUUCAAUUGAAAUUAUGAACAAGUGCAUACUAUUUGCUGUGAAAGGGGGAAUAGGUGGCGUAAACUUAUCAGGGGGUAGUAUACCGUCAUCUGCGUCCCGGGCAAAGCUGUCAUGGAUUCCAAAACCAAAACACAGGCAGACCACAAAGAGAGAGAACACAGAGAGAUAAACUUGUAAUACCAGCUCUUAGAAUGGCCGGGCUAUACAAGCAGAUAAUAGUCAAGGUACAAGCCGAGGUCAAAGGAGUAAAGAGAAACGGAACAACGAUAGGACAAGCUGAGGUCAAGGAUCAGAGAAGACAGGAUAAACGGGAGACAAAGCCAAGAUUCGGUAACCAAUCAGACAGAUGACUAAAAUCACACCCCAAAACUGGUCUACUUAUUUGGCCUUGGUGUGGAAAUUUUAAAACAGUGCCCAAUACAUAGGCCGGGCUGAGAGGGGCACUCUUGUAACACACCCUGCACCUCUUCUGGGGGGUUUUCUUUUUGGGGGUUGGUGGAAUCCUGAAGCAGAAGUGACCUGCCUCCAUUCUUCUGCUAGGCUCCACUGAUGGUCCCCCUCUGUGGCACUCAAGCAAUCCUGGAACUGAAAUGAGAGAAAUGUGCAUUUCAGCUCAGCAUUUUCCUUUUUAAAAAUUACAAAGGCAUUGUGGAUUGCCGUCUGCAUUAUAUAUAUAUAUGCCCACUUUUUUAUACCAUGCCCUGGUCUUUCGCAGGAUCAAAUACAGCUGCAUCAGUUGAUCGGACAGGUCAACUCCCCCCCAUAUGCCGAUUAUAAUGCUGUAUGCAGACUGGCACCCAUUUAAAUUCCUCUCUGCCACGUACUGCGACCCUGCGAGUGCUUUCACCAUGGAUGGUGGUUAAGAUGAAAAUCUCCUUUUUAUCUUGAUACUUGAGUGCCAGCAGUUCAUUCUGGCAGAGAGCUGCUGUUUCCCCACUUUUUAUUUUUUUUCCCACUGGAGCCUUUGGGAAACCUGUGUGACUCUUCCAAAUAGUGCCACAGGCCAUGGUCUCGAAGCAGUACAGCAUUUUUAAAAGUGGGAUGCUAUUAUAAAAAUUAUCAACAUAUAAAUGAUAACAUUAGUUAAGUAAUGGCGUUAUGUCCCAGACAAUUUUCCCUCUUGGCCCUACUAUACCUGGGCAACGUGGGAGAUCAAGGUGGCUAUCUCUUCCUUCGUAUACACGGAAGGUGUACACAUAGCCACUGCCACUUUCACACAAUUUAUAAAAUUUUGGAUGGGAUGUACUGUCUAUACCCCAGUGUUCCCUUACACUUCAUGAGGGCCUCAUCGAUAGAAAUUAGUUUUUGGGGGUAUAAAUAUUGGCAAAUUUAUCGUUAAAGUGGGCAAUUAGAGGGCGUAUUUUAUAUAGAAGAUCAGACUGUGGAUGACCUUUUGGGGGGCACUUCGUAUUGUCCCUAAAGUGCAUAAAUUGCAGUAUGUCCUCAUAUCUGUCCCUAUGCAUUGUCUGGGAAAAAAUGGGGGUAUUGCAAAUGGGAUUUUUAGACAAAUACAUCCUAAUUGUGGGCUUUUUAAUUAUCCCCAUUAGCAUUGUCAGUGCCCAAAAUUGUUUCAUUUCUGGCACACUGGUUGGGUUCCAUCUCUCUUUCCUGGCGAUAAGAGAGUCUUGAUUGAGUGCAAGAUACUGCACCGCGUACAAAUUAGUCUGCGUGACUAUCUCCUCAAAAAUCUCAUACAGCCAAGAACAGCUGCAUACAAUCCAGUGCAUUAUAGCCAGACAGGUCAGCCUGUAUGCCAGGAUUGGCAGUGAACUCUGGGAUGUCUGGUGAAAAUAUAUUUGCACCAUGUUCAGCAUUAGGGGAAUCUGCGAUUUUCUCUGAUGGUCCUGCAGUAUCUGGCACAUAGUCCCUGUCCCCUGCGUCACUCUCUGAGGCAGUGUCGGUCACCUCUGAGUCGGCCGCUAAAAGGGCAUAAGCCUCCUCUGUGCUAUACUUCCUAAACAUUGUCUACUACGGUUAUAAACUUUAACUAAAUAACUAAACUUUAAUUUAUUUUAUUUUUUUCACCCCUAACUAGCUUAUCACUAAAUUCCCCAAUUCCCACUAAAUCCCACCCUCCCAACUAACUAAAUCACAAAUUAAUAAAAUAAAAUAUUAAAAUUUAACCCCUUAGGGUUACUAAAAACCCUUGAAGGUAAAAAAAAAAAACAUAGAUCACAGUAAAGUACUGUGACCUGUAUAUUGAUCACUGCUGGCAGUGAUCAAUCAGCAGGGAAAGGGUUAUUUUUUUUCCAAAAAGUACAGGGUAAAGGGAAUUGGAACCUUUAAGAACAGUUUCAUUUUCCUCAGGGACACAAAGUAUCAACGAUCGUCUCUCUCCACUUCAAAAACCACAAGAGGUGAAGGGAGGCGAAUCAGAUAUCCCAGCAGCAUUGUGAGCGCUGUGACUGGCUGUCACAGCGAUUACUUGCGUUGGUACAUCAAGAUUUGCUGUUGCUGGUCUGCCCCUGACUUGGAGGCACCCAGCAACAGCGUUAACCCCGAGAUCGUUGGCACUGCGGCGAUUGGGGAUUAAUUUUAAAGCAUGACGAACCGGGUCCGUCACCCUUAGUUAAGGGUUUCCCCAGGAUGACGGACCCUGUCCGUCAUUAAGGGGUUAAAGAUUUAGUAACAUCACAAUCCAGUUCAGUCCAGGCACUGGCAGGGCACACAUUACAAAUGAGGAAGAGAAUUAAAACAUUGUUUAAUAUUACCUCCAAGGUUUGAGAAACCUUCUAAAGCACAGGCCACAUUGAUAUACUGUUUUAAAUGUAUUCAUAUUCUUGGCUCCUGAGAAAUUAAAUUAUGUUUUGGGAUUUAAGAUUCCAUAAAGCGAAGUGUUAUGCUGUUAAACUGUAUUUUAUUUUGUAUCUAGAUCAUGUUUCCGGUCGCUUACUGUAGCAUUGUCUACUGGAUGACAUCUCAGCCAUCAGAUAUUCUCAGAUUUGUCCUGUUUUCUGCUUUGGGAACCAUGACCUCAUUGGUUGCUCAGUCCCUUGGUCUUCUGAUAGGAGCAGCUUCCACUUCACUACAGGUAUGUGGUGCUUGGCAAGUUUUUAAUGUAUUAUUUGUAUAAUGCUUCAAAAAUGGAUCAUCUCCAGCCCGAGGUGUCCCUGUGAGGUUGGAAAAUCAAACGCUAACAAAUAAAAGCGGUAAUGUGUUCAUCAGUUUAAAGAAUUAUUUUUUUCUUUCAGGUGGCAACAUUUGUGGGUCCAGUUACUGCGAUCCCAGUCCUGCUUUUCUCUGGGUUCUUUGUGAGUUUUGAUACAAUCCCAAGCUACCUUCAGUGGAUGUCAUAUAUGUCCUACGUCAGGUAUGGACCUCAAAGGACUCCUUUAUCAAAUAUCCAAAAAUAAUUAAACAAGGUUCAGUAAAGGCAAGGAAGCCUAGUUUUGUUGAGGUCAAAUUCAAAUCCCUUCUGUUACAUUCCAUCGUUCAUCAUCUUUGAUGAUGGUAAUUUCUACAGAAUAACAACUGUCUCACUCUUGCAUUAAUUACAAGUCUUCAUAAGUGAUUUUUUUGUGCAGCCGGUUUAGGGUUAGAAGUAAAUUAACCAAAAGGAGCAGGUAGCCUAAAUAUUAAUUUUGGGAUUUCCACUUUCCUCCCCAUUUCUUAACCUAAGACACCUCAUUGGAUAAAAUAAAAUAUAUAUAUUAAAAGAUUAUAUGUCGACUCUAGGGAAUUCAGAGACCUAUGUAAUAGUGUUAUUUAAAGUCCUCAUUUGUUACCUGUGUAUUCAUACAAUCCCCUAAACAUGGGAAGUUUUAUAUUAAGCAAUAGUAGCAAUGUUCACCUAGUUCCACCUAGCCCAUACCUUGUUUUUAAUCAGUGUUUCUUAUGUGUUUUCUCCUUUUUUGGUUCGUGCCUUUAAUCAAGUGCUACAAUUAAUAAAAUAUUUUAUUUUAAUUUGAAUGAUGAUUUUUAAUUGAAUCUAAGAAUUACAUACGUCGGGGACCUUUUCUGUUUGCUCCAUUGUGUGAGUAAAAUUGUACAUGUGUGUUUUUGGAUUCGGGAUAUCUUUAUAGACAUUCCUCCGAAACGUAGGACAUCAUAGUUACUUUUGGGUGACAUUAUUUAUUUGCUAUUCAUCCUCAAUGAGUACUGACCAGAAUAACAAACAAAAAUUUCAUUUAAAAAAAAGAAAAUUGUAAUCUCAUUUAAUUUAUCCAUCAACAGUGGACGUGUAAAAACUAAGCAAAUCUUUUUUCCAGAUUUAAAACAAUGCAUACUACCAUGAUAAUAGAUAUGUUACAUGUUUCAGACUAACUACCCUAAAUCGCAAGAACCCUACAAUUUGCCUUGUGUUAUAUAGCUUUAGCAUAUAACAUAUUUGGUGAAAAAAGGAACAAUGUGACAAUUUGUUGUGAUUUAUUUUGCUGUGCUAUGUUUGCCUUUAGUCUUAUUCUGGUCUUGUUUAUAGAAACAUUAUUUCUAAAGUGUGUAUUGGACAGCACCCAGGCAUCGAUAAAUUUAAAGGUCGAGUACUGUAACUCUACGUUUAACUUUAUUGAUUGGUGCUGUCCAAAACACUCUAUAGAAAUAUCCCUAAGAAUGAGCUAUCCCAUUGGCAACCGUCAUAGAUAGAUGUACAUAUAUAACUGUAUAUGGAGCAUAUAUGUGUACAGACUUAUAAUAUCACUAGAACCUUGAACUGAUCAUUUAAUGUAAACCAAAUGCAUGAUAUAUGCAUGAUAUAUUCUUUAAAGUAGUUUUAGGUCUCAUUAUAACCAAUUGUCUAGAUUAGUUUCUCAGCUCAGUGCGUAUGGACAUUUUAUUUCCUACUCUACCAUCUGAUAUUAAUGUGGAGAUGAAUAAUUUAUUUAAUGUCUCUUGCAGGUAUGGAUUUGAAGGGGUGAUUUUAUCAAUUUACGGUCUUGACCGGGAGGAUUUGCAUUGCGACCCAGACGAGAUAUGCCACUUUCAAAAAUCAGAAGCUAUUCUUAAGGAGCUGGAUGUAGAAAACGCCAAGCUGUACUUAGAUUUCAUAAUUCUUGGAGUAUUCUUUUUUGUUCUUCGCCUCACGGCCUAUUUUGUUCUCAAGUAUAAAAUCCGGGCUGAGAGGUAAAGCAGAACCCAACGAGAAUGACCAACAAGUGUUUGUAGACACAUUCAGUCGUUAAGAAUAUUUCCGAUGAAGCUUGGUAUUGUCCCGCUGUACUUGGAAUAUAAAUCCCUGCUCUAGUAACAGUAUCAAGACCUAACCUUCGUGGAACUCCAUUGUGUUAGUUACUUUAUUGGGUAAUACUUUGCAAUCCUUUUGGGAUUUUUGUUCCUGGGUCACAUGUUAAUUAAACUUUCUAGAUUUAACUAGGAAGGAAAAGAAUGAAAUCCUAGAACAUCAGUGGGG